AGCGCGGCGGAAGUCUCGCAAGAGAGGGGCUGCCUGCCCGCCCGCCCGCCCGCCGCCACCCGUCUCCUCACGACGCGCCCCUGAGGGGGAAAAGAGAGAGACGGGGCCGCGGCAGCCCGUGCGCGCGCUCUCUCGAGGCGGAGGACCCCGAGCCGCGGCUUCCCUCAGAGCCGGGCGAGCAUGGCAGACGGAGCUCACGCCCUGCUCGGCGGCGGCAGCCGGGGCUCCAGCCCCUCCGCCAGCCCCCUCAUAGGCAGAGGGGGAAAGAGCCGCUCGCUACCCACCACCACCACCACGUCGUCGUCUUCGUCGUCGUCCUCCGCCUCGUCGCUGCACCAGCAACGGCGGACGCCGCCCGCGUCGCCCAAGCAGCAGCAGCAGCAGCCGCAGCAGCCGCAUCAACAAGCGGCGUCUCGUGGGAACGCGCCCGGGCAUUGCUUCAAGAGGGUGACCCUCACCAAGCCCACCUUCUGCCACUACUGCACCGACUUCAUCUGGGGGCUGGCCGGGUACCUGUGCGAAGGUAAAGGCGGGCUCCGGGGGAGGGAGGGGGAAAGCGGGAGCGCGCGCGCGGCGUGCGUGUGGGAGGGAGACUCCUGCAAAUUGAUCGAUCGAUCUAUCGAUUAAUUAAUUUGUAUACCGCUCUCCAGACGAAAAUCUCAGGGCGGUUCGCAGCAUACAGAUAACACACACACACACACACACACACACACACACACACACACACACAAAAAUCCAGAAUAAAAAACAAGAACGUGAAUCUCUUCAUGACCCCUAGUGGGGGAAUUACCAAUAGAAGAGAUGUGGGUUUUUUUCGUGUGUUACACGUGAGACCCUGAAUUAAUCAAUAUGUCUGUUGGUAUGCCGACCUCCACCCAAAGACUUCAGGUGGUUCAUAACAUAUGAAUACUAUGUACACGUAUGCACGGAAUACAUGAUAAAAACAAGAAUAAUCUCCUCAUGACCCGUAUCGGGGAAAUUAUCCAUAGAAGAAUCAUAGAAUUGUUGGAAGGGACCUUAAGGGUCAUCUAGGCCAACCCCCUGCAAUGCAGGAAUAUUUCACCUGAUGUGACGCUUGAAGCCGUGACCCUGAGAUUAAAAGUCUCCUGCUCUGCUAAAUGAGCUGAUGUGGUUAUGUGUGUAUGUGUGAGACCCUGGAUUGAUCUAUCUAUCUAUCUAUCUAUCUAGUUAGUUAGUUAGUUAUUUUGUAUGCUGCCCACCACUCGAAGAUCUCAGGGUGGUUCACAACAUACAAAUGCAACACACACACACACACACACAUAGAGACACACAUGAUACAUAAUAAAAGCGAGAACGUUAAUCUCACAACUCCUGAUGGGGGUGUUAUCAAUAGGAGAAAUGUGGUUUUGGGUGGGUGUAUGUGUGUGUUAGGGACAGAUUUCAUUUUUCUUCCUAUUUUGGGUGAGUGGCAGCCUGUCCUCAAGAGAAAGGGUUAGGCAACAGACACACACUCUCGAUUUGCAAGAGCUCCUGUGCCUGCGAGCAGGCAGAAAUGCAGCUGGUGAAGCUUUCUCAGUCACUUGAUCUCCAUACCAGCAGCAGAUGCAAAGGACUUCCUUUUGUAGGUUUGCCAACAUUUCCCUUCCUGGUGGUUCUUGUUUUGUCUUAAACCAGCCUCUCAGUGUGGGGUCCCCCCCUUCCUCUGGCAAUGAAACUGCUAGCACAUUUGCAGGGCCCGGUGUGGUUUCGGAUUGGAUGGGGGGCUGCAUGUUCAGAUUCCUGCAUUGCAGGGGGUGGUACUAGAUGACCCUUAGACCCCCCCUUCCAACUCUACGAUUCUGAUUCAUCUCUGUGUUAGGAAAAGCUUUUCCUGUUGCAGCAGCAGCAAAUGCAAAUCACUUUCCCUUGUAAGAUUGCCAAGGUGGGGCUUCUGUUACUUAAAUAGUUGCCUAACAGGUUGGUAUCAUUCGGGUGAAGCUGUUCGUGCCAUUUAUGUGCCGGUAAAAACUUACUAGGGGACGCGGGUGGCGCUGUGGGUAAAAGCCUCAGCCCCUAGGACUUGCCGAUCGAAAGGUCGGCGGUUCGAACCCCCGCGGCGGGGUGCACUCCCGUCGCUCGGUCCCAGCGCCUGCCAACCUAGCAGUUCGAAAGCACCCCCGGGUGCAAGUAGAUAAAUAGGGAUCGCUUACUAGCGGGAAGGUAAACGGCGUUCCGUGUGCUGCGCUGGCUCGCCAGAUGCAGCUUGUCACGCUGGCCAGGUGACCCGGAAGUGUCUGCGGACAGCGCUGGCUCCCGGCCUUUAGAGUGAGAUGAGCGCACAACCCUAGAGUCUGUCAAGACUGGCCCGUACGGGCAGGGGUACCUUUACCUAAAAACUUACUGGGUUGCCAUAGAUCCAGAUGCCAGGGACUUUCCCUUAUAGAGGUGGCUAUGUCUAUGUGUGUGUAUAUAUUCCUGACCAGAUUUCUUUGUCUUGACAUCUUGAGGUCUAUCAAAUGAAGCUUUCCUCAUCACUUCGUUUUGCCCUGGGAAAAACCUUCCUGUUGCACCACAGCUAUAAGGGAAUUCCCUCUUAAUAGGCUUGCCAGUACUUGCAGGUCCCGUUAUCCAAGCACUCGUUAUAUGAAAAUUCACUUAUCCAAACACGAGGAAUUAGUACCCAAACCUUGCUGUACACACCACUGGUUCAGAUAUCCAAACAGGCAGACCUGUGUGUAGCCAUUUCACCAGAAACCAUGGUGGGAGGGAGGACGUGGAGAGACUGGACAAAUAAGAGAGCAUUUUACCCUUCCUUGUUUGCCUUUUGCAAGGUUUCAGAGGGUUUUUCUGGGUUUUUCAUCGUUUUGGGGCCAAAAUUCUGUGGUUGGGAACGCAUUAGAAAUUUCCCCAUAGGGAUAAAUGGAAAUUGUCAACUUCUUGUGCAAACAUUCGCCUAACAAACAAUUUCCUGAGAAUGCAUUGUGUUUGGGUAGUGAGACCUGUGUACAUUUGUCUCCUGAAAAGCUGCCUGGCAGUUAGAAACUUAGCAGCUGAGUCCUUUAUCAUAGUUUCCUCUCUGUUGCCAGAAACAAACUACUGUAUUUUUUGCCCUAUAGGACGCACUUUUUCCCCUCCAAAAAUGAAGGGGAAAUGUGUGUGCGUCCUAUGGGGCGAAUGCAGGCUUUCGCUGAAGCCUGGAGAGCGAGUGGGGGCGGGGCGCACCGACCCCUCUCCCUCUCCAGGCUUCAGGAAGCUAUCCGCAAGCCUUGGGAGCCCGGUGGGAGUUAGCAGCCUGUUCUGGGGUCGGGGGAAGCUCAGGCGCCUGGGGGGGAAAUAAUUUUUUCCCCUUUAUUUCCCCCCCCCCCCAAAAAAACCCCUAGGUGCGCCCUAUGGGCCGGUGCACCCUAUAGGGCGAAAAAUACGGUAGUCACAUCAUCUCAGAGAAAGUCAUUCCGUGGAAGCUGGUUGUGUUAGAUUUGAUUACUCAAGAAACUGCCAGCCACAGGUAGAUUAGAAUACAUAGGCUGGUGAUCUGGUGCAACAUUUAUGGUUUUCUGUGACUGGCUUACUCUUACUGUGGGACUUACUCUCUUUUUGAGGGGUCAGAGAUGAAGAGAUGCUUACAAAGGGUGUAAGUGUUAAACCCCUUCUGUGUGCACUUAAGUCUUUUGGGACUGGCAGGGUCUUGGUCCUUCCAUGCAGAUGGACUGCUAUUGGUGGGCUGAAGAGUUGUUCCUUAGUGUCCAUUGUUUACUGUGGUUUUCUGUGGUAAAAUUGCCUCCUGUUCAUGGCCUGCUAUUCUUCCAUCUUGGAGGCUGGUAGGUCAACUUACGCAAAUGGUGUUGGUUUCACUAAAGGAGAAGAGAGAAGGGGGAAUAGGGUUGUGCCCCCCUCUGCUGUGCAUGCUAGCCAUGCCAUGCAUUUGGUGCACAUGGCAAGAGGUUCUGUGCAUGUACUGAUGUACACGCAUAGAGCUCCUUCAUAUGAAUGGGGAUAUUGGACCAGUCAGGAUCACCUUUGCAUGGAAAAACUCUGUGCAGACGCCAGUAUGCCUGUAGAGGCCGCUUCUUAUAUGCAUAGGAAGGGCGCCCAGUGUUAGAAACUCUGAUAUAUAAGGUAAUUGCCAAGUGGCACCUUAAACCCAGGUUACAGUCGCCACAAUGGACUUUCUCUGUGCCUUUUUGGGCACAACUCCACUGGCCAGGGUAUAACACUUCUGUUGUUUGUCUUUCUCUUGCCUUCCACCAGAAACCUACAUUUUAUAGUUGAAAUAAAUACUGAACAACCUGAAGGUUAUUCUGAACAAAGAACUUAAUUAUCCUUUAUUCAGAACUUGGAUUAUUUUCACUGUGGCAUGCAUUCCAUCCUGUCUAGAUUAUACUUUCUUUCUGAAACAUGGUUUUGACAUCCUUGUUAGUUUCAGGUAAAGAUCCUUUUUCUUCCACCCAGCUGUUAGAGCCUGUUCAAUAUGAUACUUUGCUACUUGGUCUUUAUUGAGGUGGGAGCCAGUUUACUGAGAGUAAGAUCUCCCCAGAUAAUUUGCUUUUUUCUCCAUACAGUAAGGGACCAUGAUAAAAAGGGGAAGGAUCAUUUGGCUUUGAGACUUGCUUCUCUUACCUACCUUGUAUCCUGAGUGUAAAGCAAGUUAUUGGACACAUUGAGCCUAAUUGAACUUUUAUGCUAUGCAUAAUUUCUGAGUCUGCAGGGCUGUUUCCUUCCCUUUCCUUUGGAGGAAGCAGCUGUUGUCCCUGUUUGUUCUUGAUGCAUUAGGGUCUAAACAUCUUGCCACGCCACACUGAUCUGUUCUAACUUGCUAAGAUGCAGACAUUAUAAGAUGGCCUUGAGCACAAAGGUCGCAUACAGAAGGGUGACAUACUUUACUUAAAGAUUUAGAGUGGCACUAUGAUUAAGCAUUGCUCAUAUCCAUAUUACAUAAAAAAGAGGGUGUGAGCUAGGUACGGAACCCAGGGAAUGAGUCAUAUACUGUAUAGCUAGGUAUAAUUGAGCAAUGCAGUAGUGUGUGUGUGUUUAUGCACCAACCAGGAGUUCUUUUGCAUCAACUAAUUUGGAAGAAGUUUAAACCAAGAACACUGAAGUGCCUAUUUGCAUGUGAGAAGAGAGAGAAUCUUAUGCGAACUCACUUACAGAAGAUUACACAAAAAUGUUUAUCAUAAAUAACAAAGGAAAGUCUUGAUGUAAAGGUGAUAUGUUAUUGCUUGCCUUAAUCAUUACUUCAAUGCAAAGCAGUAAUAUACUUAUCAUGAACAUGUUCAGUAGAUCUUUCCUUCCUUGUUUUCUAGUCCCUUCUUUAGCUGAUAAACAUUGAAAUAUUGACCCAUAGAUGAGGGACGCGGGUGGCGCUGUGGUCUAAACCACUGAGCCUAGGGCUUGCCGAUCAAAAGGUCGGCAGUUCGAAUCCCCACGACUGGGUGAGCUCCCGUUGUUCAGUCCCUGCUCCUGCCAACCUAGCAGUAUGAAAGCACGUCAAAGUGCAAGUAGAUAAAUAGGUACUGCUCCGGCGGGAAGGUAAAUGGCGUUUCCGUGCGCUGCUCUGAUUCGCCAGAAGCUGGUUAGUCAGGCUGGUCAAAUGACCCGGAAACUGUACGCCGGCUCUCUCGGCCAGCAAAGUGAGAUGAGCACUGCAACCCCAGAGUUGUCCGCGACUGGACCUAAUGGUCAGGGGUCCCUUUACCUUUUUACUAGUAUUAGUCUCUUUUGUAAAGAACGUCAUACUUCUAAUGGCCUUUUACACAGCUUUUUCCCUUUCAUCCCUGGUCCCAUUUUAGUCAAUAAUCCAAUUUCUGUCUCUUUCAUAAGACUGUAGUUCUUUCUUUCCAACACACCUUGAUAAAUUACAUUCAUUAUAAAUGGUCCUUGGCUAGAGGAAAAGUCAUCAUAAAAUGUCUGCUCAGUGUGGUUAUGCUCUGAAUGUUUUAAACAAUGGAUAUAAAGUAUUUGAGGUGAACAUUUGCAGUUAAGAAAUAGCAAUUUUGACUGCAUAAUUGCACUUUUGAGUUCAUCUACUAGCUAAAGCUUUGUGGGAUUUUUGACUCAGAGCAAAUUAAAACAAAGUUUAGGCAUACAGUUUGUUUUAAAGUACUUUGAAAAUGUUCAGAAAUGCUUUUUCAGGACUGCUACUGAAAUGGGCUACAUUUUAACCUAAUUUUAAUCUUUUUUACAUCUCUGAAAACUUUAUCCAUAAGUUAGAAAAAAUAAACAAGAUCAAUUACUAUUUCUCAUUACAAAGAGUUCUGGAGCAAAUAGCAAUACACACAGCUCAGCCUACUUGGUUGGACUUGUAUGCUUCCAUCUCUAAGUUUGUUCCAUCAAUUUUCUUCAGUAUUUACAAUGACUCACCAUUAGAUCUGGUCAUAUAUAAUGUUUUUCAUCUAGGCAUGGCUAGGAGAUAUGGAUAUUUCAUUUUGAUGACUGUAACCUUGGUUUAAGAUGCCAUUUGGCAACUAGCUUAUAUAUCUAAGUUUCUAACACUGAUAGAUUAGUUUUCUUUUUGACUUGGAUCCCUCCACCUUUUGAAGUUGCUCUGUACAAAUUAAUUUCCCCAACAUGUCCCCCCCCCAUUUAUUUUAGUUACGCUUGAUUCCAUUAUUGCUUGAACCUGCCAUAGACCUUCUUUCACUGAUCCGUUGAAAGUUGAUUCACUUAACUAGCAGUAAGGAAAGUGAUGAUUCAACCAUGAACUCAUAAGCGAUAUCCAAUGUGAUAAUCGAGAAUUUUGACACCUUUGUGAAAAUACUGCUAAAAUUCCUGUGCUGUUAGAUAGUUAGGUUUGAGCAUAAUCCCAUUAUUUAUCACACAUACAAUAUUUGUGAAGAGUGCCCAGUUCUCUCUUGAUCUGGUCCUCAUCCCUGAGUUCUGAGUUCAAAGGCUGCUUGUUGAAAAGAGGACUGCAAUUCCAGGAAAUCAUCUUACUACUUUCUCUUGAUUACCAAAACUGAUCAACUGUAUGUUUUUGGGAGCUUCAUGCCAAAGGAUUUCUUCAGGAGAGCCAACAGUUUCUGUAGGAACCAGAAAAGUGAAUUUGAGAGAAGUCUAGGGCCAGUAACAUGCAAAAGUUUUCAAUUUGGAUAUAGGUCCUAUGAUCACUGCUAAUACAUUUUAUCACUUAAGGCAGAGAUUUUCAACCAGUGUGCUGUGGCACCCUGGGGUGCCUUGAAUGAUGGUCAGGGGUGCUGCAGGCAACACUGGCCACUGUCCCUCUUUCCUUCCAUCCCUCUUCUUAUGCCCUCUUGCGUCUCUACCUCCCAAAGGCUUGCACAGCUGUUUAUUGCAGCAGCCCUGGCUAUGAGCCCCACAGGUGAAUGAUGCCUCUGAGAGACACCUCUCUUUGGGGCAGGGUGGGGGAGCUCAGAGACUAGGGCAGGCAGCAGCAGUUGCCCAGAGAACUCCCAAGGAGAGGGGAAAGGAGAGGAAGCCGAGGGAACACUCCACAAGGAAGGGUGUUCGAAAAAGGUUGAGAGGCUGCCAGUUCUGCAGGCAAUGGGUGACAUAACUGGGCUCCUGAGCCCCACAGGGGUGCCACAGAAAGAAUGUAGUCAGUCAAGGGAGCUGUGGACUCAAAAAGGUUGAAAACCUCUGACUUAAGGUAACCAGCGAGAGUUUUUAUAUACUUCAUGUAAUGCUUCUGUUUCAAUACCAUGACUUGCUUUGUGAGGCAAACAUGGUUAUAAAGGCCUUAAUUUUCUAGGGAGAUCUCCCCCUGCCCCACAAUGCUGGCUCUUGUUUCGGGGAAAAAGAGCAAAACUCAUAGAUUUUAUAAAAGUUAGCAGUCAUCUGAGUGCAUUUUCUGGAAACCUAAGUAAAUUUCGGGUUGUGGCAACCCCAUUGGCAAAUAAUAACCCAGACUGAAGUUGAAGAGGGAAAUGAGAUCACUUAAACGUCUUUGGCUGUAACUUCUUUCUUCGUUCAAUUGCAGCACUGCCACAGUGAGUAACAUUUCUGCUUCAAUUAGUCAGUUGUUUCAGGCUCCUGGAUAUUGGACUAUUAGGUUUCCCUCCAUACAUGCAUAAGCCUGAGGAUCUGGUGUUAGUUCCACUGUGCUAGAAUUGUAUUUGAUUUUCUUGGCCAUUGUGGUUCAGAUUCUGCACAGCCUCUUGACAGCUUGUUUAUCUUUUCCACAGUUUUGACUCCAUUUCUAACUGGGGUUUCCUGGUGAAACGUAUGGGCCUCCCCCAUAUACCACAGGUCCUCUGGCAGGUAUCAACAGUGGCCUAUAACUGCUAAGCAACAUACCAGGGCACAGUUAUGCAUCACUAAAUUGACAGGGGCAGUACAGUUCCUGCCCAUGGGCCAAAUCCAUCCAAAUGGGAAGAUGGACUAUACUCAGUGCUCAGAGUGAAGCCUGCUUGUGCCAUUAAAUCUUGUAGCAGUUGUUACUUUCCACGCAGGCUAAGUCUUCCCCUCCCCGGAAGCAUACACCCAAUGUUGAUUGAAUGAACAUUAGGUUAGAAAUAGCUAUUUUUACUUCUGGUUUUCUAAGAAACACAGCUAUAAAAGGUCUUUGCCACACAGUCAACCCACAAUUUAGAAGUCAAUCGUGAGCUUGGUUUUGAUGUCUAUAUGUUCCUAUGGUCAAUUAGAUAGGCAGUUUCUGUGCAGAUUUCUGUCAAGCUUUACCUGGUGAUUGCUUUAUUGUGUAUAUUUGAGAUGUACUUUUCCAUUUAGCAGCUAAUUUUUACCUAAUAGUGAAUACAGUCAUACCUCAAGUUACGUUUGCUUCAGGUUGCGCAUUUUCAGGUUGUGUCCCGCGGCGACCUGGAAGUACCGGAAAGGGUUACUUCCGGGUUUUGUCGCUCACACAUGCACAGACGCACAAAAUGACGUCACACGCAUGGGCAGAAACGGCGAAUCGCGACACGCGCAGACGCGGGUUGCGUUCUGCUCAUGUUGCGAAUGGACCUCCGGAACGGAUCCCGUUCACAACCAGAGGUGCCACUGUAUGGGGGUGGUGGCCUAAUCUUGGAAACAGUUGUUCAACCAUUGCCACACUGUGCAGUGUUGUCUUCUUCCCUACCCAGUCUUGUUUUUUUAAAACAUAUUUUUUAUUAAAGAUUUCUUGGUUUACAAAAUUAUGUGCAGUGUCUCCUUUUUCUACAGAUCAGUUUCAUUUGUUGAGACAUUAGUGUUACAUUAGGAAGAAAAGGGUGAAAGAGGUGGAGGGGGGCAUGGUGAGUGUGGGUGGAGUCGGGUGGCAAUGCUUCUAUUUUACUUAAUGUAUGUGUGGGGUUUUGUGUCAGCGUCACUUGUGCAUGUUCUCUUUACUAUUCACGUGUGUUCCUUUGGUGGUGAGAGAGGUUGGGGUUGGCCUAGGGUGUGGUUUUUGUUUGUGAUUGGCUGUGUUGACCUUUGUUUUCAUGUGUGAGUGGGGUGGGUGAGUGUUUUGGAUCAGGUUAGCCAUAUUGAUUCGUAUGCUGUUGGUGGAUUCUUGUCGCUGUCUUGUUAGGUUGUGUAUGUGCUAUAGGGGAGCCUUAUUGGGGUGACGGUGUCUUCUUCUAUUUGUCCCCGUGUCAGUUUCAGUUUAUUGUUUGGUUUUUCUGAUAAAGCUGUUUACCAGACUAUUUGAUACCACUGAUCCAUGCUUACUCCUGACAGGUCUCUCCAGUGUCUGGCUAUGAUGUUUCUGGCUGCUGAGACUAGGUGGGUUAUGAGCUCUUUAUGAUGUGAGUGGGCAUUAUUAUCUUGGAAGAUGUUUAGUAGGGCCAGCUCUGGGGUGACUUCUAAUACUUGCUUAGUUAUUUUGCAUAUUUCUUGUAUUAUUGUUGUCCAGAAUAGUUGGAUUUUGGGGCAUUCCCACCACAUGUGGAGGUAUGUGCCCAUGGAGGUGCAUCCUCUCCAGCAUUUUGGUGAGGUUCCUGGGCGUAUUAGCGCUAGUUUCCUUGGUGUUAGGUACCAUCUGUAGGUGAGUUUCAGAGUGAGUUCUUUUCUUUUCGCUGAUACGGAUUUAAAGGGAGGUUUGGACCACAUUCUGGUCCACUGAGUGGGGUUAAUCUCAUAGCCUAUGUAGUUCUCCCAUUGUUUUUUGAUUACGUCUAGGAGCUUUGUGGGAUUUUGGAGUAGUAUUUUGUAUAUUGCGGAUACCAUCCCCUUGCUGUGUCCCUUUGUUGUUAGGAGGAGAUUUUCAAAGGUUGUUCGGGGCCUAGUUGCUGCUGAUUUUACUACUGAAUCCUACCCAGUCCUGUUGUGUUUCCAAGUAGUCCAGCCAUUGUUCCUCUGUCUUACCAUUAUGAGCACAGUGUCAUGCUGUUGUCUCUGCCAGCCUUUAGCAGCUACUUGCCUGAUGGAGCCCAUCAAUGUCCCUCAUAGGGAUGUGUAGGCUGCCAACUGCUUGGGGGCAGUUGCUACUUAUCCCAGGAGAAUUGCCGAGUGCCACAUUCUAGGGCUCCCCUCCCUUGUGUUUUUUUAAAAUACUACAAGCACUGAAGAUAUUAUCUCAACCCAGGAUGCAUGUCUCACCUGGGAAGAAGUUCACGCGCGCGCACACACACAUGGUUAGGUUCAUAAUUAAUCACAGACUGGUUUUGCCUAUCUUGAUAACCUUGAUAACUAACUCAAGUUUGAAUGAUAAUGUUUUCUGAGCAGCUUGUUCCUGUCUCAGAAGCAGUUUGGGUUUACCGGAUACUCUUUUCUCACAUGCACUUAAUCUAAAAAACUGGAACAAAGUAUUCAGUUCUGGAAGUUUGCCUGUAGAAGCAAUUUCAUCCUUGAUUCAAAAGACAGAAGAGGUUUGAUAACAAGUGGAGCAGAAUACAUCAAUUACUUGUAACCAGACCGAGAGAAUCAAUAUCUUGCAACUAAUGGAAGGCACGACCUUUUAUGAUGUGGAACUUGGAAGUCUUGAUGGGGGGGGGAAAAAACAUUUCAACUGCCUAUCCAUCCGGAAGCCGAAUUUAUUUCCAGGACUACUACUAAAUUAUUUCAAAACCUUUCAUAACAAGAAAACCCACCAGCCAUACAUGAUGAUACAUCGGGUUUGAGAAACUAACUAAUUGGGGCUGUUUGCUUGAGUCUGCAAUAGCUCAACAGUUCUACAAUUUGUACAGUUUUCUAUCUUAUAUGUAAAAGGAGCAGUUGAUUGACAUGAAGGAAAGGCAGGUAUUAGCUUCCCUUUCCAAUGGCUGAAUAUCAGUAUGGAAUUUUCUGUUGCACAAGUUCAUUAGCUGCCUGGGGUUUCCCUGGGAAAUUAGGCAUGGUAGAAAUGGCAUUAAAUUAGAUUAAAUUCUGAACUCUUCCUUAUAAUAUGCUUUUCGGGGGAAACCCCUGUUAGGUUAUUAUGGGUUUUAGACCCCUACCAUUAUUUACUGUGAGCCCAGUAUUUUACCUAUGCAUCUCUUGUGUUUUCUUCCCCAGGGCUUCCUAAUAAUUUAGUGAGGAAUUUAAGUUGCACUGUGAGGGUCCAAUGUUCUGCAGUUGCUUUUGUCUUUAAGACUAUAGUUUUGGAAUGUCAUACCAACGAAUCCCCCCCCCCCCCCAUUAAACUGAACUAAUUUUGAAAUCUAUUAUAGUUUUUGUUUACAGCUAGGAUAAUAACAGUUUUCCUCUGUUUAAAAAUGGUAGAGGAUUUUUAAAAAGUAUAAGUACUUUUUAAUUUCUUCUCUUCUUUUACUUAUGAAAGAAAAUAAUUGCAGAAAUGUGUCAUUUUUCUAUAUGUGAGAUGUUUUGCCUCCUCAGUUGUCAGCCACUGAAUAAAAGGCAAUGUCCAUGGAAGUCGUUGAAGAUAUGAACACCUUUAGCAGGGCCCUGGCUAGUAAUGAUCACACUAAAGAGGAAGCUGUUUCAAAAAAUAUUUUGUAUGAUAUUGCAAAGCAAAUAUAUCACCUUGAUGUCAUACCAUAUUUACCAACAUGUUUCCUAGAAAGGAUGUGUUUAUUCACAAUUCAGACAAAAAUACUCUUUUCCAUUAAAUAUUUACAGAAUCAUUUUUUGAAAGCAUGUUGUGAAAUAGACAGAUAUUGGCCACAAAACUUUUAUUUUUUAGGCAAUCUAGUAGGUAAUAAUAAUAAUAAUAAUAAUAAUAAUACUUUAUUAUUGUCAAUUAGUAGCCCUUGUUAUGAAGUUAAAUUUAAUAUAAACUGGUAUAGCACAGAAAUGAGCAAAAACAAGUUUUAAACUCUCACUUUCCCAGUUUCUUGUAUUACAGUCCAAGGAGCUCAAAUUGUCAUCAGCUAUAUAGCACUUAAUAGGAUCCACUCUUUGCAUAUUAAUUUAGGUUCUGAUUGAGAACUCUAAUCAACACGACUUAAAACAGCUAUGAUAGAUAAAGCAACGACUUAGAUGAUUCAGCCUAAACGCUACAAACAAUAAAGGCUUCUGCUUCUGCAUCCAGUAGCUGAUAGCUUCAAGGUCAUCUGCUCAGCUGCAGCAUCUGCUGAAGAGGACAAUGGAAAGAAAUAGAAGCAAUUACCCUUCAAACAAAAUGAGUAGCACAUGAUCAAAAGAUGGCAAAUCCCACAGAGCCCUUUUAAAAUGGCAGCUAAAUUUUAGCAUCUGAAAAGCAGCCAUUGUCUCCUUGAAAACUGGUGCUGCCUGUCAAAGUGUGUGAGUAAGGUUGAAAGCCUAAGCAUACUCAUGAGGAAGUCAAGUCUUAAUGAGUUCAGUUGGACUUAAGUAAACAUGUUUGGAAUUACAAGACAACAUAGAAAAUGUGGAAUUGCCUUGCCAGUGACGCCACAUAGGAAGAAGUCAAAGCGAAUAAGAAAUGGGUUCAAACUACUGUCUGUUGAUCACAAGAUUUACAUGUGACAAUAGAUGUAACAGGAUGUGGAAUUCAAGCACUGAUAGAGCAUAAUGACAAGGUGUGACUAAGGAUGUCCUUUUUUCACAGCUGUCAUGUGCUGGGUUGAUGUUUUUAUUGAGCUAUCCGCUAAAACCCCAAUAUGUCUUUCCUAGCUGGUCACUGCUAGUUCAGACAUCAGUCUGCAUGCAACAACAGGAUUUUUUGCCCUUAUAUGCCUCUUUUUACACUUGCUUUCAUUGACCUGCCUUUGCUAUUUAGUUGUCUAGUCACCCAAUCUGGAGAAACUGAUUUGGAGCUCUUUGCUUGGAUUUUCACUUUUCUGAAUAAUUUAUAUAGCAGAAUUCAGUGCUCCAGACUGCUUUAGAUACUUCAUCUCUGUAUGGUAGGCAAUUAUUGUCCCCAUCUUUCAGAUGGGAGAAGGUAGGCUGUAGCUGUGAAAAAUGCAAAUUCCAUGCUGCAGAUGAUUAAGAAAUGAAUUGAAAAUAAAACUUCAGAAAGCAUAGUAGUACCCUUACAGAAUCUGAAAAAGGAGAGCUUAGUUCUGGAAGAGAGGCAGAAGAGCAUAACCAAAAUAAUCAGGGGCCUGGGACUAUGAGGAAAUUCUACAACAUUUGGGUUUGUUUGUUUUUUGGCAAGUAUGGAGGGACAUGACAGGUUUAUUAAAAAAUUGUGGUGGUAUGGAGAAAAGGGAUAGGAAGAAGUUUCUCUCCUAAUACUAGAAGUUGGGGUCAUCUAAUGAAACUAUCAGCAGUUUCAGGACAGAAAAAAGCAAGGACUCCUUUACACAAUACAACAUUGAAUCUGGGAUUAAUGGUGUAAUUGGAGUUUUAAUGGGGUUUUUAAUGACCAAUUAACACACAUACUUUCUUUUCUACAGUUUGCAAUUUUAUGUCUCAUGAGAAGUGCCUGAAGCAUGUGAAGAUGCCAUGCUCUUGUGUCGCUCCAAGUCUUGUAAGGGUAAGUUGCCCAAAAUGUCUACUUCUCCUGCUUAACUCUUGAGUUUCUUUCGCCUUCCCUUUCGUCUGCCUUUAUGCUGAAAACCAUUUGAUGUUAUAUGCUUUUUGGUGUGCCAUGAAAUGUUUCUGUAGGAGAAAUACAAGUAAACAAAAUAACAAAUUGUCCCUAAACAAAGGUGUAGGUUAACAUUUCAGUAUAGUAAUUCUGUUAAAAACUAGAAGAGGUAAUGAAAUGCCUAGCAGUAUUUAUUCUGUCCCGAAGAUCUGGAAAAUUUGCAGCAUUAAAAUAUCACUAAGCAGAACUGAAAUAAGGCAAUAUAAUACAUUGUGUGACAACAUGUGGUCAAUCUUGUGCAAGGAUAAUAAAUGGAAACUCCUAUCUUGCAAGAGUUUGGGACAUUUUAAAAUAGAUCUUCAAAAUUGUAUUCAGUAUUUCAGUCUGGCCUGAACUUUUCCCUGUUACUUUAAGAAUUAUUGCUACUAUUGUUUACUGGAACACAAACUGGAGAUAUCUGAAGCCUUUAGUUCUGUUCAUAGAAAUAUAAUCAAAGCAAAUGCAGUUAUGAUAGUAUCUACAUGUAGGUGGCUAAAUAGGGUGCAGAUGGAAUUGUACAACUUGUGAAGAACAGUUCUUUUUAGUUUAGAGAUUUUAUAAUAUCUUCUAGACCAAGGGUAGCCAACUCUCAAGAGACUGCGAUCUACUUUCAGAAUUAAAAACUGGCAGUGAUCUACUCCCCCCCCCCUUUGGUGUUCAGCUCAAAGUUGUUGAGGUUUUUUGGGUUCAGCUCAAAGUUGUUCAGCUUUUUUUAGGGAGGAGGAAAGCCCCGUUUUUUGGGGGGUGGUCAGCUCACAGUUGAGCUUUUUUGGGAGGAGUUCUAUUUGGGGGGGUUAAAGGCAAGGGACAAAGGGGUAAAAUCACUCACAAGAAGAUUGCUAUGGCUCAAAACAGCAACACAGAGAAAGCUCCAUCUUCCCUUCCAGAGAUCAUACAACAGAUCAUACAAUGGAAGGUGGGGCAGGAGUCAGUUUUAGUGAUGCUAAGGAAAGGGAGCCAGAGAUCGGCCGCAAUCUACCAAAACCUCGCGGGGAUCUACCAGUAGAUCGCGAUUGACCUGUUGGACAUCCCUGUUCUAGACAUAUGAAGGUCUUCGUGAUCAUUGGCCAUGCAAAAGACCAGGUGUUCAGAGCCAAAUGAUGGAGAGUUGUCAGGGUGACAUAAUAGCUCCUACCACCCCUUUUGAAAAUACCCUAGAGUCAAGUGGACCCUGAUUUCCUGAUAUGCAUAUAUACCUUUCAAGGUGAAUACAUGUCUACAUUCCGGAACACAAUGAAAAGGAGAAGGAACAGACAUUUUCUUAUUGGAUAUUACUUUGACAACAGCUCCUCCAGGCAGAGGGGUAGGAAAAGGAGAGGAUGUGGAAUUGCAUGUUUCUGCACUCCGUCUGUAUGCAAAUAGCUGCACUUUUAAGUUUAGAUUUAGUAUGUCAUCCAUAAUAUUGGUUCAAAGUCAUGGCCAACGAUGAUUUCAUUUUUUAUUAUGUCAGUUUCAUUAUGAUUCUUGUUGAUUUUGAAAAAGUUGAGGUCAGGAGAAUACCCUUGAAUUUAUGUUGCCUCUGUAGCAUGAUACUUACUUUUUAAGCUUAAAACUAUAGCAAGCAUAAGUGACAUGGUUGCAGUGGAGUUUCCUUCGUUUGCUACUGCAGAGAAUGCUUUUUUAUUUCUGUGCUUUAUCCUCAGAAGCCUUUUCCUUUCAGCUAACAUAAGCAACCCCCUCUUGCGUGUGACUUUUAAGUCUUCAGCAUUAAAAGGUGUCAUGAAAUGUUCAACUGCUUCUGUUAAUUACAGGCUGCCUGAUGGGCUUCGAAGACAAUAUUCUGCUGUCUAAAAGCAGCCAUAUGGGACAGCUGUAUUGUGUGUUGGCUACAUGAAGCAAAUAUUCACUUUGGCUCUUAGCUUAAAAACAUAACAGAAGGCUUAAUGCUAGUUUAUUCUAUGUAUGGGAAGCUUCUAUUUUUGUCCCCUACCCUUCUUGCUGAUUAUACAAAGUGGCUAUUUGUGGAAAGUUCUAAUAUAUGAAGGGUGUUAAAGAUUUCUUCCUGCUGGAUUCUUAGAGCAUGCUAAUGUUAUAAACCAGGAAUUGCAUUUUGAAUACUUAAGGGUAAAGGGAAUCUGGCUAAGAGUCAGCUUCGUCUGAAUUUUUCGUUUGAUGCUAAGCAAAAUGGGGAUUAUCCCGGACUUAAUGAAAAUGUCACUUUAAAGCAGGACAUGGAAUUCAAGGUCAAGUAAAGGCUCACAAAAUAAGAAGCAUGGCAUGAGUCAGAUAAGUUCAUGUGUCGACACUGUUCAAAGAGAAAUUAUGGCAUUUGCGUACUAUGACGAAUCUUUGUUGCUUGGACUUGGUUACAAGCUGGAUGGAGUCCAAAAUAUAUCAAACAUUUUUUGUGAGCAGCCUGUAUUGUCUAGUACUGUACCUAUUUUAGUUUAAACAAAUGCAUGUAUAGUUCUCUUCAGGAAAUUAUUUUUGAGUUCUGGUUGAACUCUAAAGCUUCUCACUGCUUUAUGUGUUGUUUCAUUUGGUCCUGAUAAAAGUCUUUUGGUACUAUUGCUUUAACCUGCAUGCAGUCUUGUUCAGUACUUCUUCCUUGCAUCUUUUCCAUUAUCGGGUGGCUAAAGAUCUUUUGUUGUCUUGUUAAUUUGGCUUUUAUCACCCCAAAGUAUACAAGGAUAAGAUAAGAUGUAGGAUUUAUUUGUUUGUUUGCUUGCUUUGCUUACAGCAUUUAUAGUUAAGCAAAUCACCUUGUGCAUGAACUAUGCUUUAGGAGGGGGAAGCUAGUCAGGUUUUUUGCCCUGGGUGAAGCCUCCAGAAGAGCGAUUGAGGCUCCCAGCCCGUGUGUGUAUGGGUACGCAAAUGUGCAUGGGGGUGUGCCAAACUGGGUCUUUGACCCAGGUGAAAUAAAGCCUAGUUUUGCCCCUGGCACAUGCAGCCCUUGAUCUUCCUCUAGCAGGACAUAGAACAUAGGAAGCCACCUUAUAAGAAUUGUUCUAUAUUGUAGGUUGAAUUUGAUUCUUCUGCUGCCUCCUGUAGUUGGCAACACGGCAUAUAUAUGGUUUGUGCUCCAAACCAGAAUUGAAUUAUAUCAAGACCAUAUCUUGAUAAGGAUUUUUCAUCAUGUGUUUAUCUGUUCUAAUUGCCUCCAGUUUGGCCCUUGCUGAGCAAAUUGUUUACUGUGUAAACAGUCAAAUGCAAUCCUCUUUUCAAGCUAGAUUUGCAUAGCUACUGCUGCUGACUUCAAUGGAUUUACUUGCUUUUGUUGAUAUUGGAGAAAAGUCGCUGCCUUGAAAGUGCUUAAUCUCUAAAAUGAAGGAUGUCAGGUUUCUGAAAAUUAUUUCUACUAACCAGGAUGUAGUUAGCUAAAACCCCAGAUUGCGGGUGCUGUGUGGAAUUGUAAUGAUAUCCUGUGGUUUAUGGCUUUUGGGGAUUGCAAGCUGCUCAGUUGCUUCUGCUUCGCUCUCCCCUGGUGCAAGCAGGAACAGCAAACCAAACUUGUUUCAUCCGAACUCAGGGCUGUGAUCCCCCCCCCCCCCGACAAACCACAACCAAGAAGCCAUUGUUGGUUCUUGGCUUGCUGCUUGUGGUUUUGUUUUAGGGAAAUAAACCAUGACUCUGGGUUUGGCCAUAACAGUAAGCCUUGAAACCUUGGCUCGAUUCUCCCACUUGCACCUGGGGAUGAGGGCAGCAUGCAUUGGUAUGCUGUGUAAUAUAUUGGAACUAGUAUGACGUCUCAUAUAUGAAUGAGGACAUUCUGUAGUUGCUGAAAAGGGUUCUGUGCAUGCUCACAGGCAUCUUUGUCAAUAUUUCACAUGUUCCAGGAUUCUGAAUAAUUUUUAUGCUGGUGAGUCCUGGUUCCAAUUCAGCCGUGCAUUGAACAUAGCUUUUCAAAGGUAACAAUUUACCAUCUCCCUGGUGACUUUUGUUCCAGGCUGAGUGCCUUUUCAGCUGUCUUUGGUUUGGUAUAUUGUUUUCCUUUUGCAGUUGCGUGUGUCAUUGUUCUAAGCCUAUCAGUGUAAUGAAGUCUUGCACAGCAAAGGGAAACCCCUACCAAAAACUUGAAACAGGAAGUUUAACUGCUGAAGAUAGCUGAAAAUAGAACAGGCAUCCUUGUGCCACAAAUAACUCUUAAUGGUACUAUUAUCUAGAGCUAAACUACGUGUUUGUUUUUUAUUUGUUCGUAUUCUCUCUGUCUCUCUCUCUCUCUCUUGAAAAAAAAAUGCAGUUUCCCUUUUCUGCUGCUGUAUAGCAUGUUGAUUAGAUAAUGUGUUCAGUAUAAUAACGGCACUUAGAUGGCUUUAAAAGCAUUUAUAGAAUCAGAUUGCUAUGCUGUGUUUUGCUAAUUGAUUUUAAUGGCUCAUAUCAAGAUCAUAUUCUAGAAAGGGCUUUCAAUAAUAAAUGAGAAGCAAAAAUUCUACAGCUUUGUCAGGGUGUCUUGUGACAUCACCACAUAGAAUUAAUGUAGCUAAAUUGUCUGCGGUGACUACUGUAUUUAGAACAGGAAUAACUGAGACUCUGUGUGGUGAGGACAGUAUAAUUAGUCUCUGUUUCCUUAGUAUCCUCUGUGGGGACGAGGAAGGGGAAGAUGGGAUUGGAGAGAGUAAUUAAAAUUGCAUCUUUCCACCCACUUUCAGAAGCAGAAAAUAUAUGCGCAUAGUGGUUCCUUGGUGCAUAUCCACUUUAAGCCGUACACUGACACGGAGGCAAAGGAAGUGACUAUUCCCUUUGAUUGUUAGAAACCAGUCAGUAGAAAUUGCGUCAUUUGAUAACGUAAAGAAGGGAGAACAUUCCUUUUGCAAUCUUUGUGUAACAGUGAAAUUUUUAUGCCUGGGUCACUGGGUAAGAAGUGGCUGGCACUACAUCAUCCUUUUUAUUCAUCAUCACUGUCAUUUUAUUUCUUUGCCACUUUUCCAAAGUUAAAGCCUUGCUCAAGGUAGUUUGCAACAUGAAAAGAUUUACAUUACAAACAUUACAAAAACAGAACACAUCAAAAAGUACACAACCUUUCCACACAAGUCAUAGGGUCAUUAGAUCUAAAAAUAAAGAUACAAAAAAUUAAUGUCAAUAACAGCAGCAACCCCUCCCAACAGAACUUCUAAACAAUACCCCAGCCCAAGACUCAGUUCAGCAGGCUCAGCUUUUGUAGCUGGAGUCAGUCAGGGCCCGUUCCCGCCCAGGCCAGGUGGAACAAGGCCUGCAAGACAGGGAGCAACUCUUCCAGAACUCGUAGUUAAGAUUGAUCCUUGUCAUUGGAACAUUGGUUUUCUUUCUAGCUUUGCAGCAUUUUCUCCUGUGAUUUAUUUUUGUUUUUUCCUUAUGUAAUUUUGUGCCUAUAUUAAUUUGCCUUUCUGGGAUGCAGAUCACUAUACCAUGAUGGUGUGAGUACCUAAUUGAUCGUCCUGUGUCCCUUCUAAGGAUGUGGUUGGCAAUGUUCUAAUGGGAUCUCCUUACUGAAGUGUGAUUAAGAAAUUGUAUAAAUACAACUAAUCUUUAAAAUUGCUUGAUUGGACUGCUGCUGACUCAGUAUUCUCACAGGAGAUGUUAAAGAAGAAAAAAGAUUCUCACAGAGGGCCUUGGUUUCUGAUUGGGCAUAAACCGAAUACACAUUAAUUAAAAGUCACCCAAGUUGCUCAGUGUUUUCAGUUGCCUAUACAGUAACAGUUAUGCUGCACCUGUAGAUCUUAAGGGCACAGUAUACAGUUAAAGCACACUUUGUUUUCUGUGCAGGUUCCAGUUGCACAUUGUUUAGGACCUCCAGGACAUUACAAGAGAAAGUUCUGUGCCGUGUGCAGAAAGCUUUUGGAGUCUCCAGCAUUUCGCUGUGAAGGUAAGGCUGAACUGUAAUGGAUCAUGGUGUUGUCAGCUUAUUCUAAUUGGUAUCUUAACUUAUCUGCCACCCUGGCAAAAGCACAAUAUUUUUAAGACACUUCCUAGAAUGAUAAAUGAGGACUUACUAGGAAGUGUGAGGGAUUGUAGAGAGUGCGGGGAGGAAACCUGUUGAUAAGCCGAAUUUCUCUCUUCCCCCCCUUUCCCAGCAUAGUUACUACCCUUGAAAAAUGUGCUCUCAUAGCAUUUACCAGUUGUUGAUGUUGUAUGAGAAAUGGCGAAUUCGUAGGUUAAUCUCAAUGUACAAAUCUAAUGUAAUUUCAUACAAAACAGCCUUCUAUCUAACCCAAUAUCUGUCUGUUUCAAUUGAUGGUGGGCCUCCAAGGUCUUUGGCAGAGUUCUAGCAAGUGCAAAAAUUAGAGACAGGCCAGCUCCCCAUGUCCAGGAGAUCGCCUGAGGGAAAGGCCAUUGACACAUAAAACAAACUAGAUAGAUGAGCCAUCAGCAAGGCUGAGACUUGCCAUUCGGGCAAAUGUGCGAAGUCCCUCCUGGAUAUCUCUGUUAGUUAGAAGAUGGAAGGCUUUUAUCUGUUAACAAAAAUCUCAGUGAAAAGUAAUUUAAAGAAAAAACUACUCUGUAUUUGAAACUAUAGCAUGUUCUGUUUCCCAAAGGGACAGAAAUAUUUCCCAGGUUUGAUGCAUUAGUUACUGUGCUUUUUAGGGGGUAGUGCUAAACAUGGGGUUUGUGCUCCAAAAUGAUUCAAAACAAUUGCAGAAAUAUGACAUUGCUUGGAAUCCAUUGGACAAUAUGGGAUUUUGAGUUCUGUUAACUUGUGACAUUAAUUGGGAACCCAGGUUUUAGUAUCAGUUCCUCAUUUUGAGAGUGGGAUUUGUGGUGCCAAAGGGGUUCAAACUAUUGCAAAAUUUUGGCACCGGUUUGGAAUGGAUCCCAAAUUUUGGGGUUCCUAUUUAAUAAGAUUUUUAAGAUCCUUUAACUGGUAAUUCUAGGGACUGGAGCUGGGAUCUUUUGCAUGCAAAGCACUGAGGGCAAAUCUAGACAUGACACUAUUCAUGACAUUAGAAAUUGAGUGGCUGUUGGUUGUUUGUAAAUAGCAAGCAUGCCUACCUCUGCUCCAGGUCAAGUCCCCGGUGGUCUUCAGAAUUGUGUCUUAAUGCUUUGGCCCUAUUGUGGUUCUGGCCCACAUUGGGCCUCUGUACUUGUUACUUUAGGGACGCAGGUGGCGCUGUGGGUUAAACAACAGAAUCUAGGACUUGCCGAUCAGAAGGUCGGUGGUUCGAAUCCCCAUGACGGGGUGAGCUCCCGUUGCUCGGUCCCAGCUCAUGCCAACCUAGCAGUUUGAAAGCACGUCAAAGUGCAAGUAGAUAAAUAGGUACCGCUCCGGCGGGAAGGUAAAUGGUGUUUCCAUGCGCUGCUCUGGUUUGCCAGAAGCGGCUUAGUCAUGCUGGCCACAUGACCCAGAAGCUAUAUGCCGGCUCCCUCGGCCAAUAAAGCGAGAUGAGCACCGCAACCCCAGAGUUGGCCAUGACUGGACCUAAUGGUCAGGGGUCCCUUUAACUUUACCUGUUACAUUAAAGCCACCCACUUGGAUGGAUUUAAAUAAAAUUAGGCAAAUUUAUGGAGGAUAAGGCUAUCAGUGUCUGCUAGCCACAGUUGCUGGGGUUUUCCUCCACAGUCACAGGCACUGUGCUUCUGAAUACCAAUUGCUGGUGCCUGCAGGAGGGGAGACUACUUUUUUUGCUCAGGUCCUGCUUGUGAUUGCAUCUGGUUGGUCCUUGUGAGAACAGGAUGUUCGACUAGCUGUGGCAUUGGCCUGAUCCAGUAGGCUCUUCUUAGGUUCUUAUGGUUCUGCUAAUCGUGUACAUGAUGUUGCAUCUUUACUAUAAUAAUGAUGAAAUAUAUUUUAAAAGUAAAGUAGAAGAAUUAAAAAUAGAGAUAAAAGCAAGAGUAAAACAAACAAGAGGCAAUUUCCUCCCCUUUCCCUCUGUUUACUCCUAGUUUGUGAGCUGCACGUGCAUACAGAUUGCGCCCCGUUUGCUUGUAGUGACUGUCGCCAGUGCCAUCAAGAUGGCAGUCAGGAUCAUGUAAGUACAAAAGUUUUUGUUUAAACAACAGAGGAAAGAAAUCUGUUAGGAAAGCUUUGCUUCCAAGGGCCUAAUGCAAAGUUGAACUUUUUGUUACUUGCUUCGAAGACUCUGUCGUUAAAUGUUUGUUUUGGUUGAUUUUUCUGGACUUACUGAAAGGUUAGAUAUUCGGAUUUCGAGUGCAGCUAAUUCAACUGCUUUACCAAGAUUCCAAAGCAAUUUUAAAGGUUGCAGUACAUUUUUUAAAUAAUGGAUUUAUUUAAUUGCUGUAGGAUACAUACCAUCAUCACUGGAGGGAGGGAAAUCUUUCUUCAGGUGCGCGUUGUAAGGUCUGCAGGAAAACGUGUGGCUCUUCAGAGGUUCUCUCGGGUAUGAGAUGUGAAUGGUGCGGCAUUCUGGUACGUAAACAAGAUUUAUUUGGUUUUUUUCCAAAUUUGAUACCCUGGCAUGUGAACCUGCCAGAAUCCUCAAGGCAACUUAAAAGAAAGAAGCAGUGAAAGGUAGUUUAGCUGGAAGUCCAUCACAGUAUAUUAUAUAUGAUAAAACAGGAUGUUAAUGUAUUCUCUGUUAUAAUUAAAGAUGGUUGUUUUUAAACAAUUUCAUAUGUGAAGUUUCCCUGUUCUCCAGAAUGGACGAAAGGUGUGGUGUAAAAACAUCAGAUAAGUAAAUAAACAGAAUAACAAAAUAACUGAAAUGUCCAUAAUACAGUGCAUGUAGUCUGGAAAAAUAUCAUGAUAACUGUCUUUACAAUCCAUAAGUGGUCACUAUGUAAACAUUUUUUAGAAAACCCAUCUGGCUGGGUUUCUGCUAUCUUAAGAACUAUCUAACAGGACAGUAAGUGUACUCUGGACAUUGCAAGUAAAAUAACUCAGAAAAUGUAAACUGCCUUUCUUUACUCUUCAAAUACAUUUUGUUUGUUUCUGAAUGGCAACAUUAAACUAAGAAUGUACACUACUGUAGAAAUUCCCUUUUAGGUGUAACAGUAUGUGGAAUUAUUUUCUUAGCAACAUACUCUGCUUUAGACUACCCUUCCUUUGUGUUUGUGAUUUGGUUUCUAUUUUAAACAUCAUAUGAACAUAGUUGUUUUCUACUGAAGCAUAUCAUGCCCCUCUAGCCCAGCACGUCCUCUGACUUGGCUGUACAUGCCCCAGUGCUUCAGACAAAAGGUCUUACUCAGUCUUGUUGCCUGACAUCUUUUAAAUUGGAAAUGCCAGGGAGUGCACUCUGGACCUUCUGUGUGCAUAGGAUGUGUACUGCUACUCAGUUGAAGAAGAAGGGUUUGGAUUUGAUAUCCCGCUUUAUCACUACCCUAAGGAGUCUCAAGGGACGCGGGUGGCGCUGUGGGUUAAACCACAGAGCCUAGGACUUGCCGAUCAGAAGGUUGGUGGUUCGAAUCCCCGCAAUGGGGUGAGCUCCCAUUGCUCUGUCCCUGCUCCUGCCAACCUAGCAGUUUGAAAGCACGUCAAAGUGCAAGUAGAUAAAUAGGUACCUCUCUGCCGGGAAGGUAAACAGCGUUUCCAUGUGCUGCUCUGGUUCGCCAGAAGCGGCUUAGUCAUGCUGGCCACAUGACCCGGAAGCUGUAUGUCGGCUCCCUCGGUCAAUAAAGCAAGAUGAGCGCCGCAAAACCCAGAGUCGGCCACGACUGGACCUAAUGGUCAGGGGUCCCUUUACCUUUAAGGAGUCUCCAAGCGGCUAACAAUCUCCUUUCCCUUCCUCCCCCAAAACAAACACUCUGUGAGGUGAGUGAGGCUGAGAGACUUCAGAGAAGUGCGACUACCCCAAGGUCACCCAGCAGCUGCAUGUGGAGAAGGAGGGAAUCAAACCCAGAUCACCACAUUACGAGUCCACCGCUCUUAACCACUACACCACACUGGCUCAUUUGUCUCUCUUCCCUAUUGAAACCACAUGUUUCCAUCUAAAAUACUUGUAUUGAGCUAGGCUUAAGGCCAGGCAGUAUGUGACUGUGGCAAACCUGUCUCUUUUUAAAGUCUGGGUCUGCCUCAAUCUUACGUAACACAGGGAGUGGGUCUUACUGUGGGUGUUGUCCAAAUCUGCAGUUUUCCCCUGCAGCAGACUGGGACCCACAUCCCAGCAUUUUCUCUCAGCUGGGAUCACUUCCAGUGAUGGGGCACUGGGAGACAACUUGAGGGCAGGGAGUGCGGUGAGGCUUCAGCAUCCCUCCAUCCUGCUCUAAAAAUUUGACCUUGGUGAUCCCAAACUUGCAUUAGGUUUGUGAGCAUUUGUUUUGCUUAUUCUUGCAAAGCCAGAAAUCAUCAAGUUGAAAAGGUAUUAGGCACUGAAUCUGAAUACAUCUAAACUUGUAUUUUAUUGUGCUUUGGCAAUCAGUAAUAGUGCUUCCAGUGUGCCAGUGUGUUAUAUUUGCUACUCAUUAAACGCCACAGGUUACAGAACUAUCUGUUUAACCAGGUUUUUAUAUAUAUAUAAAGAAUAUGGUUAAUGAAUCUCUAUAGGGAGGAGAGAGGCUGUGAUGAUUGUACUUUGUGUUCAGUUGUACUUUGUAUUUCAUUUCAUUUCAUUUGUAAACUAGCCAGGAGGGGAAACUAAAUGAAGAUAGUUUUUUAAAACAAACAAAAAACUAGAAGAACUGAGGCAAUAAGCUUUUACUUAUCUGUAAAAUGGACUGUUCCCCAAUAUGAAAUGGCUCCCUGUUUAAUUUUACAGGAAAUUGCUGAUCCACGCUCACAUUUUCUGUGUGACCAAGCUUCUUCCAUUCAUUGAACUUCUGAGCACAUAGAAUAUGAAUAUUUGAGCUCACAUGGGAUUAACUUUGCUUACUGAUAUUUAAUAUCUGUCUUCUGUGACUAAGGGGAUAUACCGGUAAAAUAGCACAGAAUUUUAAAGUGUUCAUAAUUAUUUACCAUAUGAUAGGGGAUCUGAAAGAAGUACUAACUUUGUCAAAGGUUGCAACUUUUUUUUUGGUGCCCUUUAUCUCUGCCACACACACACACACACACACACACAGCCAGCUAGCCACAAACUGUGGGUAUAGAUUAAUUUAAAUUGGGUGGGAAACAGCUGUCUAGGCUCAAAAUUUACAGCUCUGAAAUAGAAAUUAGACAUGACUUUACAAGAACCUGAUGCUGUGUUUUCCAUAGGCUCAUGCUGCUUGCUCUGUGAUUGUACCUCCAGAAUGUACAUUUGGAAGACUAAGAAACAUGAUUCUUCCUCCAAACUGUGUGCACUUAUGUUCUCGCAACUUCAGUAAAAUGCACUGUUUUCGGAUAUCGGAAAGCUUACAAACAGAAGCAGGUAAAGUUCUGACUGUGUAAUAUUAAUCCAUUGGUUUAUUUAACAAUUUAGUGAUUACUUUUUGUUUUUAUUAAAAGCCAAAAUGCACAAUUGUCAAAAUGGUAUCCUUGUUGAAAGGAGGAACUUCUGAGAACAGGGGUAGGAAGCAAGCCCCUAAGCCUCAUUCAGUCCACCCAUGUGCUUUCUUACCCUCUGUAGUUCUGGGAAUCUGCCUGGCCUGGAGGUGGUUGUUCUGGGCCGGAAAGCAUUUCUGAGAGCUAAAGUCUUUGUGAGUCAGAUUUGGGUUGAAUACCAUCUGCUGUCCAGUUGCUUACGUAGGCUGCCACCCUAUGAACACUUACCUGGGAAUACGUUUAAUUGAACACAACAGGGCUUUCUUCUGAGCAGGCAUGCAUUGUGCUUUAAGAAGUCUUAGACAUACUUGUUAAGAAUUUACCAUUUUAGGCUGCUAUUUGCUAAACUAAAAAUCUCUUGCUUCUUAUUUUUUAAAAAGCAUGCUUGUUAGUUUCUUUACAUCCCCGUCCCCCAAUCAAAUUACCUUUAUUCAAGAUUUUUCUUAGCUUAAAGUAGGAGCGUGCCUGGUUUAAAAUAUCAACACUUUUUCACAUUUUGAAAAUGUAUUUGCUGUAGAAAAUAAGUAGGGGGUGAAUAGCUUUAAGCAAGGUGCGUAUUUUACAACCUGUUUGGGAACUGUCAGCCUGUGGGCCCGUAUUGACCUGCCAGGGAGUCCAAGUUGGCUCAUGACAUCAUUUCCCCCAAGUAAUGCCCUACCUACGCAUCAGCUGGCAUCACUCAUAAUGUCGUCUGAUGAGUGGGAGGACUAGGCCAAAUCCUGCUGUAGCUGUGCUCUCCUGUUCCCUGCAGGGAACAAAGGUGCACAGCCAAAACAGCAAAGUUUAACCCCCCCCCCAACUCAUCAACUGAACCUCCAUUUUAGAAACAAAUUUCUGUACAUCAGGAGUCAGCAAACUUUUUCAGCCGUGGGCCAGUCCACCGCGCCUCAGACCAUGUGGUGGGCCGGACUAUAUAUUUUUUUUGGGGGGGGGGAUGAACGAAUUCCUAUGCCCCACAAAUAACCCAGAGAUCCAUUUUAAAUAAAAGCACACAUUCUACUCAUUUAAAAACACCAGGUAGGCUCCACAAACAACCCGAGAUGCAUUUUAAAUAAAAGCACUCAUGUAAAAACACACUGAUUCCCAGACCGUCCAUGGGCCAGUUUGAGAAGGUGAUUGGGCCGCAUCCGGCCUCCGGGCCUUAGUUUGCAUACCCAUGCUGUACAUAGUGCUUUAAAGUCCUGAUUUUGGGACUUCAAAGCACGUUGCACCUUGGCUGCACCCAUCUGUCAAAUUUGGCCCACAAGGCCAUUCUUGAUGAAGACUUAAUGGCCUGUGGAGUCAAAAAGAUUCCUCACUUUUCUUGUACAAAGUAAAUGACUUUUGAUUCAUGGCUGAAUUUGAGGGGAUUGGUUCCUUUUGCAGUGUGUGGGGAAGGUUUGCUUGCUUUUUAUAUGCAACAAAUCUAUAACAACGGAACACAAGAAAGGGGCAUAUUUUAGUGCGUACAUUUUCUUCAUAUUUUUGUCUUUGUGCUUACCCAGGUACAGGUAAAUGUUCUGAUACUGUACUAGAAAAAAAACACUUAAGAAUGAUGGCAAACCUUCAUGUAAAACAUCAAACUAAUUUUAUGUAGCGCUGAGGCAGUAAAUAGCAUGUAUAAAUGUGUUUCCUUUGCCUUGGCUGUACUGAAAAUACUUUCUACCAUAAUAUUUUACUGCCACCUAGAGUACAUCCUACAUAUAUUUUUUCCCUCAGGUUCUCAAGAAUAUAUUCAUAUUUCCCUAUUUCCCCACAAGGCUAGGACUGUAACUAUAAUUGGCAGUGCAGAUAGGUCUAUCUGUGGCUUAAUAAGCCACAAUAGCUAAAUGGAACCUCCAUCUUCAGUGUUGAGCAGGAUUUGGCCUUCGUCUUCAUAUUCUGUGUAUAAACUUCCAGAGCGAUAUGCUUGGCUGCUAUUUGAAACUACUGGAUGAACCUUGGACAGUCCAACAAGUUGAUUCUUAUGUUCUUAAAUUCUUCUGUUGCCUUGCAUAUCCUGCAUGCUAGGUACUUUACAAUCCAUUAUAAAUGUGCUGCUUUAGUAAAGCACAUUUUAAAUCUUGCAACACUUCACGUGUCCUGGAGAUAGGUAGGUUUCAGAGCCUUUGGAGAAGGUAAUUCAUCAGGUUGUCAUUAAACGUGAAUGUCAGUGGUCAUGAAUAAACUUGCUCAAAUGGUUGCAAAGAUUUAUUUUAAGCACACAUGAAAGAUGGGCAAAUGUAUUUUAGCGUAACUAAUGGUUUCACCCCGAGUCUUAGCUUAGGGUUUGUGAAGUGCUACCUCCCUCCUAAAUAUGAUUUAGGCUACAAUUCUGAAUGCAGCUACUAGGCAGUAAGUCCCAUUGACCUCGGUGAGACUUCUGAGAAAACCUUUUUAGGAUUACACUGUUAAUGUUACUGUUUGGUUUUUAAGAUCCCUGGUUCACAUUAGCUGCGCUUAAGGUCAGUGCUGACAUUUCCCUUGAGAACAGUGAUGGGAGGAAGGAGCUUGCAUUCUUGUCACUGGCCUCCAAGUGCUAAUCUCUUGUAUGUUUGUAUUUUACAAAUAAAUUAUCUAAGGCACAAAUUGACCAAACAAUCAAUUGGGUGGCUUGUGUCAAAGCUGACCAUGUGUCCCCUUUGCUAAAAAUGUUAGCUUGGAAUUUUUAGUUUGCAAAUGCACGGUGUUUCUUUUCAAACCUGUUUGCUUAUGUAUGAAGCUACCUUUCAAAUCUUUGGAUAACUAUUUAUUGUUUUCUGGAUAAUUUUAAAGCUAACAAAAGCAACUUGGCCAGACCUUUCCCAUCAAACAAAAAUAGCUUAUUGUUUGUGCUUAUUCAUUAGGUUGCAUUAUGUAGCUUGAAAAGUGAAUAAACCUGUUUCAUUUAGAUAUGUAAACAAGGUGAGGAAGUUAUAGGACCUUUGCACAUAUUAAGUAUGAAUAAAUGCACUUUAUGCAUAUUUAACAAUGUACACUCGUCUAGAAAAUGACUCCCUCUAUAAAAAUCAAAAAGACCCAAUUGUCUGUCCUUCAAAAAUAUGAGGAGUAGAAAUCGCUUGAAAUACUGUAUUGAAUUUGCUGGAAUGGUUGAGUUCUGCUUUGCUGGUGGUUACAAGAAUACACCUAAAGCUGUUAUGUACAGGCAAUCCUUGUUUUGCUCGAGGGUUAUGUUCUGUCCUGCUCCACCCAGUUGUGCCAUUUGGGUGACAUUUUUGGGUCAUUUCUGGAGUUGGCGUCAUGCAUAUGUGCACGAUUGCCCAUCAGUUGGACAUGCGUAAAUUGGUUGUUGCCUAUAGUGAUCGUUUUCCACCAGAAAUGCUAAUGGUAUUUUCUGGAAUUUUUUUGAAAAGUGGCUUCUGGAUCAAGUCAGUGCAUGUAAAAUCUCCCUCUGUGAGUGGACAUUGCAUCAUGUUUCCAUAAGCACGUAGGCUGGUGUAGCUGUGAUGCUACAGAUUAGCCUUUGCUUUCUUUCGGCAUAUUCUUUUAAACUUGUUUGUGUGUCUGUUCUCUUUUGUCAUGUUUUAUCAUGCCCUCAGCUUUUCCGUGCUCAGGCAUGGCUUGACAGAACAAGCAACAUAAGCAACUGCUUUGGACUGCAAUAGUUUUUUGAGAGGCACUAAUGAAACGUCUUGUGGCUGGAAAACUGUGUAUAAUACCAAGGGUGCAAGCCCGGGCUGCCAUAGAUUUUGAGACACACCCCUCAGGAUAUAUAGGGCAGUUGUCUGGGGCCAUAAAUUGUAUUGGGAUUGCUAUGGCAGUGUGUCUCUUAGGAAAUUAGUAGAUUUUGAAGUAAGAUAGCUGUGUUGUAAAGAGAUUAUGCUGGGAAAGGCGUAAUCUGCCAUUCUUUUCAGAUCAACCUAGCAUGCUGCAUAGCAUACAGUCACUACUUUUGCUUUUGGUGUACAUAAGAGCUGUUGCACACAUUGCACAGCAGCAAGAUCAGGUUGGCUGUAAAGUGUGUAUUUAUCAGGGAGCCAGAACCCUCCCUGACUCUGAUAAGUGUGCCAGUACAAUGCACAUGUCUUCAAAGACCUGUUUUCAGAUCCCCUUUUUGGAAUAUGCCUUAAACUAAUGUGUGAAGAGGCCCUUAGGAAAGAGCAUAGGAGUCAGCUCCUAGGGGCUGAGGUCCCUUCGACCCCCUCCCCAAUAAAAUAUUUGAGGGGGCCAGGGCGCCCAAAGUUGAUAGGCAUUGCCAUUCAAAUGGUGUGUGUGUGCCGUGUCAUGUGACCAGUUAUGUGGGGGUGGGGCUUUCCUGCCCACCCCCAGUAUUUUAUUCAAGUUGGCACCUCUGGGAAAGUGCAGUAAUGGAAAAUCUUUUGAUGGACAGGCCAGGAAACUAGUGGAAGAAUUGGCUUUGCAUUUCUUAGUUAAGUGAUUAACAUCCUUUUUAAACAAGAGAAAUUCUCUAAGCUGCAAGCAGAAUCUGUAUGUAUUAAUUAUGCCAUGGCUGAUCUGUCAAGACUUAUGACCAAGUAUGGCCUGCAUCACUUGAUUUACAGAAAUUAGGCAAGAGGUCUUCUCCAUCCAUUCAGGAUGGCAAUUUGACUUGUUUUUAGACUCCCACAAAUACCUUUCCCCCUUAGCUAAAAACUUCCUUAUUAGAAUUUGAGAAAGAAAUACCGAAGAAGUCCUCUCAUCAAUAAAGCACUUGUUCCUUGUGUCUUGGUGCAAGUUAUUUUUAUUACUUUUAUUUUCUGUCUUAAGGAAUAAUUUACAAACCUAGAAUUGUGGCUCUUCUAAAACUUGAUGCUAGAUAAUGCUUCAAAUGUUACUAUCCUCAGCUAUGAAAGAUGACUAUUCCAUUGUCAUUCUAUGUCACUCUUUCUCUUUGACCUUCAGUUUGGAGAGUCAUAUUUGGAGGAAUGCUCUAGUUGUCCUUCAGUUUAUUUGCUAUGAAUGGGCAAUUACAUUUUGCACUUAUUUAACAUUCUUCUUGUUGAAUACUCCAAAUGCAGCAGUUCAACAAACCUGGAAGUAUCAAUGAUAAAAAUGCAGAAGAGUUUGGAUUUGAUAUCCCGCUUUAUCACUACCCUAAGGAGUCUCAAAGCGGCUAACAAUCUACUUUCCAUUCCUCCCCCACUUUGUGGUGGGGGGGACAGGGAAAUUGAGCCGUUUUAUUCUGAUGCCAGUCUAGAGAAUGAAACAGAGGAUGCUUCUACCCAUUAUAGCAAAACCAGAAUCCAAGCUGAAGAAAGUAGUAAAAUAUAUUUGCCAUUGGUUUGGGUAUAUUGGUAUAUGGAUUACCAUUGGUAUUGGGACAUGGGUGGCGCUGUGGUCUAAACCACAGCGCCUAGGGCUUGCCAAUCGGAAGGUCGGCAGUUUGAAUCCCCAUGACGGGGUGAGCUCCCGUUGUUUGGUCCCAGCUCCUGCCCACCUAGCAGUUUGAAAGCACGUCAAGUGCAAGUAGAUAAAUAGGUAUCGCUCCGGAGGGAAGGUAAACAGCGUUUCCGUGCGCUGCUUUGGUUUGCCAGAAGCAGCUUAGUCAUGCUGGCCACAUGACCUGGAAGCUGUCUGCAGACAAACGCCGGCUCCCUUGGCCAGUAAAGCAAGAUGAGCGCCGCAACCCCAGAGUUGUCCGCAACUGGACCUAAUGGUCAGGGGUCCCCUUACCUUUACCAUUGGUAUUAUGGGAUGGUUUAUUCUCUACUUUUGUCUGUUAAAAAAAGCAUUUGCAGGUUAGAUCUUUUUCUGACCCGCAUUAAGAAAGUGAUAACUGCAGUUAUCUUACAAACAUUACAUUUUCACAGAAAAAAGUGAGGGUGAUUUAAAUUCUUUAAAUGGAGGCAUUUCCCACCUUUCCUCUAAGGAGCUAAAGGUGGUGAACAUGGCUCUCACAUAAUAAUAAUAAUAAUAACAGAAUAAUAACAGUAAUAAUAAAAUAUUAUUUAUACCCUGUCCAUUUGGCUGGGUUUCCCCAGCCGCUCUGGGCGGCUCCCAACAUCAUAAUAAUAAUAAUAAUAAUAAUAAUGCAAUAAAACAUCAAACAUUAAAACUUCCCCUAAACAGGGCUGCCUUCAGAUGUCUCCUAAAAGUCAGAUAGUUGCUUAUUUCCUUGAAUUCUGAUGGGAGGACAUUUCACAAGGUGGGUGUGACUACCGAUAAGGCCCUCUGCCUAGUUUCCUGUUGCCUCGCUUCUCGCAGGGAGGGAACUGCCAGAAGGCCCUUGGAGCUGGACCUCAGUGUCCGGGCUGAACGGUGGGGGUGGAGACGCUCCUUUAAUCCUCACAACAACCGUGUGAGGUAGGUCAGGCUUAAAGACUGUGGCUUGCCCUGGAUCACCAAGUGAACUUCAUGACUGAGUGGGAAUUUGAAACCCUGGUUUUUCAGGGCUCUUAAAAGUAUAUAUGUCAGCUUCAUAAAAACAAGAAUUCCAUGUGGCUUUCCAGUAUACGGCUGUAGAGAAUGUAUAUUUAUUUAUUUAUUUAUCAUGGGCAUGCUUGCAUGUGUAUCUGUUUCAGUAAUGUGAGUACUAUAAUAGGAAAAUCUGAUAGUAUUGUUUUCAUCGCAACAUUUUAUUUUAAAGGAUGAACACCUUGUUUUUAAAGGCAAACCUUUAAAGGAGACUUUUAUUUUUACAGAUGAUGACGACGAUGUUGACAGUUCAACACAAUUAUCACUAAAAGAGUCCCAGGUUUCCACAGACUCAAGUAAGUAGCAUUUGUUACUAAGCAGAGUGUAUUUAUUUGCAGCAAGAUUUGUGCUAGGAGCAUAUGAUGCCUUUUGUUGGUGUGCAAAACAUGGUACAGUCCAAUUUUCAAGGAGUUGGCAGUAAAAUGCAACCAGGCAUAAGCAGCUGCUUGCAAAUGCACUUAGUCAUCUCCUACUGUCAUAACUGAGAACACAUAUGUACAGUGCUAGUUUGUAAGCCUUCUUGUGUAUUUCCUUUAACAGAAAGACAGGAUAAACUUUAUUUUUAAUAAAUAAUAAUUCAGUAAUAUAAUUCAUUUUGCCCUUUCUCCUCGAAAUGAGCUUAUUAUUUUGCUAGCUUGUUUUCUUUAAUACAUCCUAUUUUUUGGCCAGAAUGACUCCCCAAAGUUGCUCGCGAUAAAAAUCAAUAGAAAUAUGUCAUAUAAUUAGGGAUGCAUUCUGCCACCUGUUUUUUUCAUCUUAUCUGGCACGUUAUUUAUUUAAUUUUAAUUCCAUCCCAUUUGUGAACCGCUUCUUAUGAGACACCUUGAAGUGAUUUAACAAUAAACAGUAAUAAUUUAGAACUCCAUAUAUAAAAGGUUGGUUUGCUAAAAUGAAUGCAGAUUUGUAGGUGAAUACAAUGACUUCCUUCGUAGUUAACAUCACAAUACCUUCAUGUUCAGGGUCUUUAAUCGCUCGAUAUCUUUUUGAAAUGUUUGAAGAGCUGUGCUUAAUUUUAAGCUCCGUAAAAAUAAAAGAUGCUGGGUAGAAUCCAAGAAACACUGGAACUAGAAUGUUUUCUUCCUGUUAGUGUUUUUACUCCUCCAGUACCGGAAUAUCCCAACUUGGUCCAUUUUGCAAAACAGAAGCUCCAUAUAGUCAAUUUAGGUGCAGCCAUGGCUUGUUCUCUUGGUUGGCUACAUUAAUUAUACACACCCAACUUUUGGGGGAUUGUUUUUCUUCGUUUGUUAGUGCUAUGAACUUUCAAUCCUCUAGUAUUUACUUUGAAGAGUGUAAACCAGGGGUCAGCAAACUUUUUCAGCAGGGGGCCACUCCACUGUCCCUCAGACCUUGUGGGGGGCAGGACUAUAUUUUGAAGGGAGGGGGAAUGAACGAAUUCCUAUGCCCUACAAAUAACCCAGAGAUGCAUUUUAAAUAAAAGGACACAUUCUACUCAUGUAAAAGCACCAGGCAGGUCCCACAAAUAACCCAGAGAUGCAUUUUAAAUAAAAGGACACAUUCUACUCAUGUAAAAACACGCUGAUUCCUGGACCGUCCGCAGGCUGGAUUUAGAAGGCGAUUGGGCAGGAUCCGGCCCCCAGACCUUAGUUUGCCUACCCACGUUGUAAACUGUUAUUUCUGAUGAAAAUUGCCAAUAAGCCACUACGGUGAUGUUCAAACCACUAAAGCCAUAGUCCGUCAUGUAACCAUUGCUGGUGUAUGGUGAUAUAGUUAACUUCAAAUUUGAAAUCAAAAGUUGGCAGCCCUGAAUCCAAGAGUAAGCUGCUAAUGGUAAGGGGGUGUUUGUGUGUGACAAAUGAGUGAAGGAGAAAAAGGUUCAAACUUCACUUUAAAGACAUCAUUCCUCUUUCAGAGAAAUAAAACAAGGUUCAUGUGGAAGCUGGUUAAUUUCGUUACACUGAUGGAAGCAAUGUAAAUACAAUAGAUUUCCAAUGCAGCUGAAAGUUAAAACUCCCUGCAAAUUGUCUCAGUGGUCUGGAUGCAGUUCACUACUUUGUAUUAAAUGCUAAAAUACUGUUUUCCUUUUAGGUAAACAGAUCUUGAAAAUAUAUGACGGGAAUGAUGCAGUAAAACGCAAUCAGUUUCGGCUUAUUACAAUCCCAAGGAUUACAAAAAAUGAAGAAGUUGUGGUAAGAGUGCCUGUUGCGUGCUUUCUAAAAUUGCAUGGAUUCUCAAAUAGAAAAAUGUUAACUGUGCUUAUAUAUGAGGCUGAUUAUUUCAUCUUAGCUUUAUUAUUAAAUAUUUUCUUUCAAAAUAAUAACGUUUGUAAUAACGUUAAAUACUUAGGUGUUCCUAAGGUGUUUGUAGUUCAGGUGGCAUCUGAUACAGUGGCUAUGUGGUCUAAACCACUGAGCCUCUUUGACUUGCCAAUUGGAAGGUCAGCAGUUCGAAUCCGUGCAAUGGGGUGAGCUCCUGUUACUCUGCCCCAGCUUCUGCCAACCUAGCAUACCAGCGCAAGUAGAUGUGGCGGGAAGGUAAACAGCGUUUCCGUGCGCUCUGGCUUCUGUUACAGUGCUCCGUUGCUCCAAAAGUGGUUUAGUUAGUCAUGCUGGGCACAUGACUCGGAAAGGUGUCUGUGGAACACUGGGUCCCUCGGCCUGGAAAGUGAAAUGAGUGCCGCAACCCCAUAGUCGCCUUUGACUGGAUUUAACUGUCCAGGGGUCCUUUCCCCUUUUUUUACCUUGUUAAUAAGAACCUGUGCAGGAUCACAUCUUUUCUUCUGGGAGCCUCUACCCUUUCUCUUGACUAACAAUAGUUAGAGCUGCUUCUUUCUGGGAUACAUAUACUAUCUUUUAGUACCUCUUUCAGACCUACUAUCUUAUGCAUAAUAGUACUACUUACUAUUGUGAGUUUUGGGAGCCGGUGUGGUGUAGUGGUUAAGAGUGGUAGUCUCGUAAUCUGGUGAACCGGGUUUGCGUCUCCGCUCCUCCACAUGCAGCUGCUGGGUGACCUUGGGCUAGUCACACUUCUCUGGAGUCUCUCAGCCCCACUCACCUCACAGAGUGUUUGUCGUGGGGGAGGAAGGGAAAGGAGAAUGUUAGCCGCUUUGAGACUCCUUAGGGUAGUGAUAAAGCGGGAUAUCAAAUCCAAACUCCUCUUCUUCUUCUUCUUCUUCUUCUUCUUCUUCUUCUUCUUCUUCUUGAUUCCCACCCCCACAUUUGGGGGUCAGCAACUGCUCCCAAACCAAAUCCUUACCAAUGUGGAGUUCCAUCAGCUACCCAGUUGCUAACGUGGAAAUAAAGCAGAUUAGAAAAAGUGACAUGUGGUAAGCAAUAUUGCCAUAAGGCCACAUGUUCCCUUGACCUUUGCCUAUCGUACUAUGCCUGUCUUCAAAGACCUGCACUGAUUGCCAUUUGCUACCAAGCUCAAUAUAAGGAGUUAACACUGACAUAUAGAACUCUAAAUAACUUAGACCUCAAAUAGCCAAAGAAGCACCUCCUCCCACAUUGACCUGCCCGACUGCUAAAGUCAGCAGUCGAGACCCUUUUGGUAGUGCCACCAUCCUUUGUGGCUCAAGGAGUGGUGGUGCAUGAGAGAGCCUUCUCUGUGAUGGCCCACAGGUUGUGGAAUAACUUUCCCUCUGGUGUGUCUUGUGUCAGCAGUGUGUGCUUUCUGACAAUUGACAGUCGGUCAAGACGUACAUCAUUACCCAGGUCUUGAAUUGGGUAGCUAUCUUGCCUCCCUUUGUAUUGCUAUGCACUGCUGUCCUGCUUUUUCUUCUUUUGGUGGUUUUUAUUUCAAGAUUUUAAAGGUACUUACUUUAAUGGUAAUAUUUUUUUAAUCCUGGGACUAUUUGGUGAAAGGAAAGCUGUGAAUAUAAAUAAUAAAAUGACAUAUUAGGGGAACAGUUCUUCAACUGGCCACUUUAGGAAGUGGGUUGAAGGAGUCUUCCACUCCUUACUCUUGCCAAAAUUGUUCCACAAGAAAAUAUAAUUGCUGACCAGGGCUCUGUUGUUGUUGUUGUUUAGUCGUUUAAUCGUGUCCGACUCUUCGUGACCCCAUGGACCAGAGCACGCCAGGCACUCCUGUCUUCCACUGCCUCCCGCAGUUUAGUCAAACGCAUGCUGGUAGCUUCGAGAACACUAUUAGACCAGGGCUCUAAUAGGUUAUAUUUUCAUGUACAUGAUGGUUGCUGCUUCUCUCCAUUCAAGAAUAUUCAUACCAUCUCAAAAUGCUCAGCUACUUACUUUGUGUUUGUGUGUUUUGUGGUGUUGUAGGAGGCUGCACUGAGGUCAUAUUACAUCAACGAUGAUCCACAAGAUUAUGAGCUUCAGACAUUCACUCAACAGGCCUUGUUUUGUGAUGACAUCAUUAAUAGGAAUGAUACCACAGAAGAGACCCAGCCAGGGUCUGUAUUCCGAGAAGCCGUUCCUGAAGCUUGGAUCAUUAGAGCCAAACCGAGAGAUAAUGAAGUCGUAAAAAUUUACCCUGGAUGGCUGAAGUAAGUGAUACUUCCUUUUCUAAAUUCCAUAUUUAUGGUACAAUGUCAUAAAUAAGAGGAGUGAUGUGUAGAAUGCAUUUUAAUAAAUCUAUGUUAAGGAAAUGAGAGGCUGUUUUAUUGGUUUUGAUAUAUUGAACCCCCUUCUGUUUAUAAAUCAAAGUAGCUUCCAGAAUGAUUGAAGCACAUCCAUACAGCUAUCACUUUCCUCCUAUAGAGAAUGUAGGCUCUGUGAGGUGGUAGUUUGUUUGUUUUUUUAAGAAAAAAAACCUUUGUAAGGUUUGUCUACACAUCAAAAAGUAUUAAUAUACCGUAUUUUUCGCCCCAUAGGACGCACCGCCCUAUAGGACGCACCUAGUUUUUUUUUGGGGGGGAAUAAAGAACCCCCCCCCCCAGGCACGGGGCUGGCGCGGGGGAAGCCCGAGCUUCGCCCGACCCCAGCCCCCAGAACAGCCUGCUAUCCGCAAGCCUAGGGAGCCGUGCCGGUCUCCCCACGCUUGCAGAGAGCUGCGCGAAGCCCGGGAGUGCAGGCAGCUCUGCGCAACCCUUGGGAGCCCGGCGCGAAGUCACGCCGGUCUCCCAAGGGUUGCGCAGAACUUCCUGAAGCCUGGAGAGCGAGAGGGGUCGGUGCGCACCCACCCUCACGCUCUCCAGGCUUCAGCGAAAGCCUGCAUUCGCCCCAUAGGACGCACACACAUUUCCCCCUCAUUUUUGGAGGGGAAAAAGUGCGUCCUAUAGGGCGAAAAAUACGGUAACUUGAAAAUUUGAAUCUCUAAACUUCAGAAUGAACUUAGAGCAACAUUUAUUUGAUCGGUUUUAUGGACAGAAGAGUCAUGGUCAUUCAGCAUAAUGAAUAAUCCUAUUUUUGUGGCUGUUAAACAUGUUGGCAAAGCAGUAUUUCCCUGCUGAUGCUCCUUAGACCCAACCCACCUUCUGUAAAUUAUUUCCCCUCUCUAGGAUUGGAAUGGCCUGUGUCUCAAUACGAGUAAAUAAAGAAAGCACUACCCAGAUGGUUAUUAAAGAAGUUCUCCCGUUACUUGGACACCAGGUAAGCAAUAUCAAAUGUAUUGUUUCAUUUUCAGUUUCCCCUCUGCUUUGACUUGUAUUUAACUAUAUGAUUCAAAUAAGAGUACCACAGAUAGAUUAAACAAACAACACAGUAAAAAUUGCAAGGGAGUUCCAUUGAGCAGAGACUAGACAGUUUCAAGUAUUUAUUUAAAACAUUUAUAACCUGUUCUUCAUUCACACAGUUGCAGAAUGAAGAACAGUACUCAUGGUAUUUUAUUUAUUUCAUAAUAUUUAUACACUGCUUGAUUGUAAAAACAACACCUUAAAGCAGUUUGCAAAAAGAUAAAAGAAUAAAAUCAAGAGAAAUUUACAGUACUUGAAAACGUACAAAGGAUAAAAUACUAAAACAGAUUCAGAUAUAAUAAAUUAAUACAGUGGUACCUCAGGUUAAGAACUUAAUUCGUUCUGUAGGUCUGUUCUUAACCUGAAACUGUUCUUAACCUGAAGCAGCACUUUAGCUAAUGGGGCCUCCUGUUGCCGCUGCGCCACCGCUGCAUGAUUUCUGUUCUCAUCCUGAAGCAAAGUUCUUAACCUGAGGUAAUAUUUCUGGGUUAGCAGCAUCUGUAACCUGAAGCGUAUGUAACCCGAGGUACCACUGUAUUUCAUUUAAAUUCAGCUUAAAAACAGACAGUGUAUUAAUAGUAUAACUAAAUUAGUCAGGUGAGGGAUGCUACUUUAGUCAAAAGCUUGUGGGUGGCUGGGUGGUGGGGAAGCUGCCCAAAGCUAGCUGCCCAAAGUAAUUAUUUUAUGCAAAGCCCUCUCCUGUUAGUUAGCUUAUUGGUCAUUAAACUAUAUGCAAGAAGCCCCACCUUUUCUCCAACAUGGGUAAUGUUUUCAUAUUCUGGCAAUACUGCAGUGAGUGUGGAAGUUUGUGCUUCAGAAUUAAUUGAACCCUUCAAUUUGGUGUAGCUCUACAAUGUGGGGUGGAUUGCGUUAAAUCAACAAGGAAAACAAAUACGACUUAAAUCAAGUUUAUUGUUGAUACUGUCUAUGUUUUUCUUUAAAAUGCUGCAAAUUUUUUCACUAAACCAUGUUUAUUUACAGCUACAGUAUUAUUUAUGUGGUUGUUUCAUUAUUAGUACAACUGGACCUUGCAUCUGUUUGUUCCACUGUAUGUUUUGCACACUUUCGUUUUUAUCUGUAGGGGAAAUGUCUUUGAGGUAAUCCCCUAUAGGGUCUUCCUUUGACAAUAUGUGAAGUAUGGAGAAUUUGAUCCUCUUUUUCUCUCUAGCAUCACUCUUUUCUGUUUCACUCUGCUAUGGCCUUAUUCCAGCCUCACAAAAAGAAAGUAGAAAACAAAAAUGAAAUGCCCAUGAAUGAUAGAUGGAAACAAAGUCUGCUAGUUAAUGGAUUUAUUUUCAUUGCAUUUGUAUUUGAGAGUGGAUUGGAUUGGUUCUUUUUCAAUUCAAAGUAACUGUCAGAGGCAUUGAUUCAGUUUACAGAUGAACUUGUAAGGUUUACAUCCAAAUUAUUUAACAUAAACAUUUAAGAUAACUUCAGGGGUUUUUUUUCAACAUGUAAAUACCUUUUUUAUUUUUAAAGAAUUUAUUUUUAUCCAGUCUUACACAGGGUGGAUUUUUAGUAUCCUGGUUCUCACCUUAAUUUAAACCAUAGUUUAAAAUGAAUGUGUGCUGUGUUUCAGAGUGCCAGGGAAGAAUUGGAACAGGGGAUAGCUUCCAAUUACAUGUGUGCCAGUACUCGUGGUUUGUUUGUCUUUUAGCAAACCAUGAUUGUAAGCCAAGAACUAACCUCUUUCUUAGGAAAUGGACAAACCACACUACUUUCCACAUUAUGGAAGUCAGCCCUUCUUUGUUUUCCCCCUGACAUUCUGAAAAAAGAGGUGGAAGGGGGGGGCAAGGCGCAAUCUUUUGAGCAAUGUGUACCAACAUGCUGCUCAUUCACAUUAAACCCAGGGCUGAACCUUUCUGGGCUGGCAGGCAAAAUUGUUUUCUCCCUCACCCCUGGCAGCCACCCACCCGACGUCACAGUGACAUCAGGUGACCUUCAUUGCCUCUAUGGGUCUUUGGGAGCCCUUAUCGAGGUGCAAUUUUUUUUGUAGUGCUUUGAGUGGUGCUUCUGAAGACCUUACCAUAAGCUGGUUGGUGAUGGUUGCAAAGCACUACGCAGUGAGAAGGGCUUCUGAAGACACCUGCAGAUGCCCCUCUCAAUUAACCACUCUCAAUUCCAACCUGAUAAUUGCCACCUGCCCAAAUUUUAACUUGUCUGAAUGAAUUUUAAGGUGUAUUUUAAUUAAAUGAUGUCUGUUUUUAUGCAUAUUGUGUUGUUUUUAUGAUGUCAGCCGCUCUGAGCCUGACCUCAGCCGGGGAGGGCGGGAUACAAAUAAAGAAUUAUUAUUAUUAUUACUACUACUACUGCAGUGGACGCUCGGGUUGCGAAUGUGAUCUGUGCGGGAGGCACGUUCGCAACCCACAGCAUUUGUAACCCACAGCGCCAUGUCUGCACACGCGUGGGUCGCGAUUCGGCGCUUCUGCGCAUGAGCAAAGCGCGAUUUAGUGUUUUUGUGCAUGCGCGAGCGCCGAAAUCCAGAAGUAACCCGUUCCGGUACUUCUGGGUUUGGCGCUUCUGCACAUGAGCAAAGCGCGAUUUAGCGCUUCUGCGCAUGCGUGAGCGCCAAAAUCUGGAAGUCACCUGUUCUGGUAGUUCCAGGUUCGGUGCAGUGCACAAGCCAAAAAUGCGCAACCUGAAGCAUCUGUAACCUGAGGUAUGACUGUAUUAUUAUCAUCAAAGUACAGUGCCUGCAUAACCCUUUUGGCUAAGCUUAAUCUUACAAGCCCCACACUUGCAGGGCAGGUAGGCAUGGCUUCACCAAAACAACCUAAUGGGCCAAAUGCAGAGGCACUUGAUGGGCCCAGUUAAGACUGUGGGCUAGAGGUUCCUCAUUCCUCCUGCAUUAAACCAUCGCUUAAUUUGAAACUGUUGUUUAAUGUGACAGGUAAACCAGGCUAAUGUCUUAAGGUGAGACAGAACCACACCACAAAAGGAAGAAGAGAGGUCUAAAGCACAGCUUUAGUCAUAUUUCUUCAUCUUUAAUGCUGUCUAAAAACAAAAACAAAACCUUAAGGGUCUUAAAGUUAAAAGAUUGUAACUUACUAGAAAUCUUGAUGAAUUUUUUUGGCAGUUGGAAAACUUUCAGAACUUCAAACUGGUGGAGGUACUCAUGGGCUCUAAGCAAGGUAAGUCACAGAUAGUUCUCAGUAUUACAGGAUGUCACUGCAGUUUUAAUGCCUGCACUUGUUAUCAGAAUCCUGAAUGUUAAGUUCCAGCUUCAAGAGGCUGGAGAUUUGGGGUUUUGUUUUUUUAAUUGUUGUUUCUGGCGUUUUCACUUUCUACUUGGAAGGUUAAAUUUAACUGGAUAAAUUAGUGUCCAGAUUGGCAGUGCUUAGCGUGCUAAUGAACUGCACAUUUUCUAAAAAAAAUUUAAAAAAGGAACCACAUAUGAAUGGAUAUUUUUCUUCCCCCUUAGUUCAACGAAUGGUUCUGGAUGAUCAUGAAUUGAUUCUCAGCAGAUUCCAAGACAUAAGAAAGGUAAACAAAGAAAGAGAUGAAUACAGUGCCACUCUCCCAUAUUUCUUUAUUGAAUCAAUGUUCUCAUUUUUACAUCAUUACUGGAUUUUAUAUUUAAACCAAAAACGAGAAGAAAUUCAGACAAAAAGUUGCUAGCUCUUGCCAGCCACUGCUAAUAGCUGCACAUACCACUUUAAAAUGCACCUAGUAUCUCUUCAGUUCUGAUUUGUGCAUUCUGCUUCCUGGUGAGGCAUCACAUAGAAAAAGGCAUCCCAGCUGUUGUAGUAACUACAAUUCCUGAAGCAGCCAAAAAGCAGCUGUACCUCAAGACCUCCCGUUAGCAUUCGCCUCAUACCAUUCUUUGGACAAGCAGAGAGCCACUGAUGCUCACAACUUCAGUUCCCUGUUGGUCUGUUUCCCAGCUGAAUUCCUUUUGUUUCUGUGUAAAAACAACUCUGUGGGUCUUUCUAUAGCUUACCCGUUUUAGAAUGUUGAGACCUGCUCUGUACUAUCCCAUCCCAUGUCCCCCCCCCAACCUCUUUGUUUUGUUUUUUAAAAAUUGAAGCAAGUAUCUUCUGGCUGAGCAAAGCUUGAAAAUGUGUGGGCAGAAUAUGUCAGAAGGCAGGGGAGGUAAAGGGGUUUUUCAGGGUCCAGCUUCUUCAGAGAACUCACCCCAACCUCAGCAAAAAUGGCCAGGAAGAAUUAGACAUGCCUGCUUAAUGGGAAAGUGGUGUGGGAAAGUGAGAACCCUUAAAAUAAAUAUAUAUAUAUACCAUAUUUUUCGUUCUAUAAGACAUACCAGACCAUAAGACGCACCUAGUGUUGGAGGAGGAAAACUGCAUAUUUCGAGAAGGGUACUAAAGAAGGGUAUGCGUGUUUACUUGUGUCGUGUAUUUUCAUCAUGGAAUUCAGAGUUUCGUGACACGUAAUCUAGAAUUAUUUGAGAGGUUGCUCAUAACUCUGGCAUUUUGAUUGCCGUGCAUUUAACCAGUACUCCUCAACCUUUUGCUAACAUGUAGCACAAAAUGAGAACAAUUGCACAAGUCCAAACAAAAAGGAAGUUCUCUUACGCAGGCAGGCUUAGUGGAGUGGUCUGGUAACUGUUUUUGGUAGUUGGAGGCCAGAGUUUCUGCUUAUUGGAAUCUUAACCUUCUCUCUGUAUGCUUUGUAUUUGUAAUGUGAGUUCUCGGCUGUCUUUUCCCUUUAACAGACUUCACUACGUCAGAUGAAUCAAACAAGAUUUUACAUUGUAGAAAACAAUAUAUCAGCUACGCGGGUACAUUUGUUUGUUGGUGGUCUGCCACCUCAUCUCUCUACUGAUGAAUACACAAACAUCCUCAGAGAUGAAUUAAGCCUCAAAAGUAAGUCGCAUACCAAAACAGUUUAUGUUUUCAUCUCUGGCUGCUUUCAGAUGAUCAAAUGGCUAAAUGAACUGACAUAUGAACAAUCCUCACACAUCCGCUUACAUCUGCUUUGCCCCUACUUCACAUGAGUGAGCCCACGGUUAACCAUUGUUUCUCAUUAUGUCAGAGCUAGGAAACUAUGGUUAGUAGCUUCCAAAUAAGCCAAGACAUGAAGCCAUGGGAGGAAUUAAUCAUCACGCUCUUCCCAUGGUUUCAUCAGUGUAAGAGUUUCAGCCUCUCCAACAGAAUGAUCUCCCCCUGGGUUGCUGUUCUGGGGGUUCUGCAGACCCCCCCCCAAGCUGAUUUGGAGGGGUUGCAUGGAAAGGAGGAGAGGAGAGGAAAUCCAGUUGUGUUAGUGGAACUUACUCUGGACCCAGGGUUUAAAGAUAACUUACUUUUACUGGCAUGCGUGGAAGCUCUCAGGGCAGUUCACAAUUCAGAUAUCAUAGGAAACUAUUAGUUAACUGAAGUUUUCUGGCUUGUUUCUCUACUCACACAAAGGGAGGAGCAAAGCAGCUGUGUGUAGGUACAUGAAGUUCAUAUCUUGCUUUAUUAUGAUAUUUAAUUAUCUGGGCAUGCCCACUGUCAAAUAAAAAUCUAUUUUAAAUUCUGAAACACACUAAAAGGCACUCUGUCAUUCUCAGUCUUGUUUUUUGAACCUUCGGUGCAUUAUUUUUCUUGGUGCUAUGUCUUAGAAGUUGUAAAGCAGAGGCCAGUAUUCAAUGAAAUGACUCAUACAUAGUCACCUGUUCUUCCCCACAGUUAUUUGUACUGCCUUUUAUAUUUGUUCUUUCUCUGAAACAAUACUCAUUGGGGUUUUAAAAAAUGUUAUUUCUAUUACUUUAUAUGAAAACCUGAUUUGGACGUUAAAAAGUUAAAAAAGUUUUAUUAAUUAAUUAUUAUUAUUAUUAAUUGACAUCCAAGGAUAUCAUACACAAUCUUAAAUACACGUACAAAGAAAAGGUAUAACUAAUAAUAAUAAUAGUAACAACCUUAAAUAAUUAUACUGUUAAAUAUUGAUUUAAAGUUGUACUUAUCCAUGCUCUUUUCUUAUACUUUCUAACUAAACAAAAAUAAACCAAAGUAAAAUCCAAUAAACUAAACUAUGUCAAAAUAGACUUCCCGUCAUUUCCCGAUGUAAUUGACAUUUACAACAUUGAAUGUACUUAUACUUAAUACCUCACUCUUAAUAUAUUUGCUAAUACUUUCUUACAACAUAUCGUACCAUUUUUCCUUAUUUAAUAAUGUUUAAUUUACACAAGGGUCAUUCAGACGCUGCCAUAGAUGUUAUGUCGUCAUUAUAUUUUUGUAGGUAUUUCUUGAACAUAUCCCAUUUUUACGUGAAUGAUUGUUUCGUAUUUCCCCUUAAUCUAUUUGUCAAUUGAGUUUUAAGUUUUAAAUGAAUAAGGUGAAAUAAAAUUUUAUGUGGGCUUAAACAGAUUGCAUAAAAGAGCUAGAAGCCAGCGAACGCUACUGGAUUGUUUAUAUCCAGCUUGGCUGGGCUUCUGGCAAAGGGGGAAUGUGGGGGGAAGUGAAGAUAUGUGGGUCUGUUGCCUAGCUAUUGGACAUUGUGUGAUGCUCAGUGCUAUACAGUAACUACAUGGGUCUCCUGACCACUUCAUCACUUUUCAAAGAUUGACCACAGAAGGAGCGAUGGUUCUCCACAGAAGCUCCAUUGCACGCACAGAGCUAUGCUUGCAUCCCUUUGGAAUCCCACCCAUGCAGUGUUUGCUACAACAAUUUAAAUUAAGAUUAAUAGGCAUCUUAAAUAUGAUUUGUGUUUAUUACUCAAGCUAAUAUGUUCCAUUAGCAGGAUUUGGAACCAGCUUUGUUCUGCUGCGAACCAGUUGAUCCUGUUUAUUGUCCUGAAGCCUUUAGCUUUAAAUCCAUGGGCAAUUGUGUUUAACAUUCAUGCAUCUUCAAAUAAACAAGACUGAUCUCACAGAAUGGGACAGCAUUAAAUUUUAAAAUUUAUUUUGGUAACCUAUAGUUUGUUUCCACCUGGGGGGGUGGGGAAUAGACAUUUUAAUGUUACACAUAGAAAAUAAGUUUUGCUUUUUCUACUUUUUCAGCAAAUCUAGUUUCUGUGAGCCACGUAUAUUCAUCUCAAGGUAAGACUAUAGCGUUUUAUCUUGCGUUUAACAGCUGUGCAAAAAGUGUUUGGUUAUAAAGUGCACCUUUGGGUCUGUUCAAAUGUUUUGCAUCUCUCGCUCUUCAUAUUGUGAGAUUGGGAGAGGUCUUUUGGCAUGUCUGCUUCCUCCGAAUCCCUUCAAUACAUGUAGUAAUCUAGUGAUUUUUAUAUUCAGGCAUAAGAGGCGCAUAAAAGGUAAAGGUAAAGGGGACCCCUGACAAUUUGAGCCAGUCGUGGCCGACUCUGGGGUUGCGGUGCUCAUCUCCCUUUAUUGGCCGAGGGAGCCGGCGUACAGCUUCUGGGUCAUGUAGCAAGCAUGACUAAGCCGCUUCUGGUGAACCAGAGCAGCGCACGGAAACGCCGUUUACCUUCCCGCCGGAGCAGCACCUAUUAUCUACUUGCACUUUGACGUGCUUUCGAACUGCUAGGCUGGCAGGAGCAGGGACCGAGCAACGGGAGCUCACCCCAUCGCGGGGAUUCGAACCACCGACCUUCUGAUCGGCAAGUCCUAGACUCUGUGGUUUAACCCACAGUGCCACCCGCGUCCCUUAUAAGAGGCGCAUGGUGGGACCUUAUUGUCCAAGUGUUUACUUCUUUUUGUGGUAAAAAAAUAUAAUAAAAAAUACAUAUUAUCUCCUGGAUAAUAUUUACUGUUACAUUCAAAUGUGUAGUUUGUUCUUGCCACGGGUUGGAAUGAAUUUGGUGGCAGCUGUACAACUGAAUAAUCCCUGCUCCAGUUUUACUGCAAGCUACCAUCAUAUUGCCUAGAGGUCUAGGAUGUUUGGGAAGCACUCCAUGACUAGAAACCAGGGCCACUCUCCUGCCCAAGCCUUGAGUAGGCUUUUCUUUCACAGGUACAUAGAUUUUUCUCCUGAAAACGUAAGAGUUUUGUGCUGGAAUCAAAUGUGCAUCCCAUUUACAAAGGCUAUGAACAUGCUACCGUAUUUUUCGCUCCAUAAGAUGCACCUGACCAUAAGACAAACCUAGUUUUUAGAGGAGGAAAGGGGCAAAUCCCCGUUUUUAGGGGAUCAGCUCACAGUUGUGCAGCAAGGGGACGGGGCCAGAAAGGGAGCCAGCGAUUGACCACACAUUUGCUUCAUAAGACACACAGACUUUUCCCCUUACUUUUUAGGAGGAAAAAAGUGUGUCUUAUAGAACAAAAAAUACGGUACCUGGAAAUAUGUCAAAAUGUACUUGUGAAGAUGCAAUUGCGCUAUAACAAAAACCAAAAACACCAGCCUGGAAAAACUGAGAACAAAUGUGUAUUUAGAAAAAACACAGAUUAUGUUGAAAGGUUCUGUGUUGCAUACCUUCCUAUGAUGCCCAUUUAAAUCAUACCAUUCAUCUUGCGUAAUUCCUGUUUCAGUAAUCUUUUUAAGGGUGGAAGUACACUUUACCAUCAACACGGUCUACUUAUCUCACUUUCUCCUGUAACGUGCAAAGAUACUCAUGCUGUAACAUAAAUGUCACUAUCUCCACAAGCCAAUGAUGUGGCACAUGGGGAACAAGCAAUAUGAACAAGAAUGCCUUCUGAGGAUUUCGUCUUGGAGCCCUGUUUCAUGUUUCCCUUGAACAGAUUUGAAAUCCCCCUACUUUUCUUGACAACCUGUUGAAAAACAUAGCAAUUUGUAGCACAGCUGUCCUCUCUGGAGGAAGAUUAAGUGCACUAUUCAAGAUGCUAAGUACUUAUUGUCCCCUCUUAUGUUUAGCUUAGAUUCUGGCCCUUUUUGAGCUCUUAGAUAUUGAUUUGCAGCUCUUCUGACCUUAACUGCUCAUGGUCAGAUGGCAAAUUGAUCUGGAAGGUGGUGUGCUAAGCACUAAAAUGUCAAAGAGUGUUCUGUCUACGUAGGAAUAUGGGACAUUGACGUAUACCAAGUCAGAGCACUGGUUCAUCAGUCUCAGUGCUGUCUUCAGUGACUGGCAGUGACUCUUUAGGUCUUCAGGGGUCUCUCCCAAACCUACCUGGAGGUGCUGGGAAUUGGAACAGGAGACCCUUUGAUGCAAAACAUGUGCUUUACCACUGAGCCGUGACCCUUUCCCAUAGAAACUCCAUUGGGAGAAACAGACCCUCUGUUGGGUAGAGAAGGUACCAUCAAAAAGGUGUAUCAUAGCUGUGCUCAUAUUGUCAAAGAAUAACUUCAAUCACCCAGAGGCACCAACCUGACCAGGUUUAAGCCUCUUUAACUUUUGUGAGCUGAGUUACGUUCAGUGCACUCAAUCUUCAUUGGAUAUACCCUUUAGUGACACGAUAAAGAUAUUGCAUCAUAUCACUAUGUGCAUUUAUGUGUGUAUGGCCUUUAAAAAAUUAUUCUUGAAUUAAUUUGUUCUAGGUGCUGUUGUACUAGAAAUUUCAUGUUUUGCUGAAGCCGAAAGACUCUAUAUGCUAGCUAAAGACACCACUGUUAAUGACAAGCCACUAACUGCAGUUGUCAUCCCUGAAGUUCUGGUAAGAACAAUUGGCUUCCAAGUUCUAUAAGAAAUUAACUAAUGCUCAGACGAUAAAUAUAGCAUGUUUCAUGUGUAAAGCAGAGGUUGGAUGGUCAUCUGUCAUGUGUGAUCCAGUUGAGAUUCCUGCAUUUCAGUGGGUUGGACUAGGUGGCCCUCAGGUUUCCUUCCAAUUCUACAGUUCUAUGAUUCUAUGAACUCCACAUGAAAAUAAAUUAAAUCCAGCCCUACUUUGCUUGGCCAUUUUACUCUGGCUACGGAGGGGAUGGGAGCAAUUAACAAAUAAGGGAAUGGAGCAAAGUUUACUGCCAACAAAGGAAUGUGUGGUUAUAAACAAAGAACAGUCAUGUUUGAUUUUGUCCUUAAAAUAAUGAGCUAUUUUUGUUCUACCUAAAAGAAAAACAGCUUUAACAUUUAUAAUCUUGAAGGAUAGUUAAAAUGUGACUUAAAUAACAAAGCUGUCUGUAUGUUGAGAGCAUAAUGAUGGAUUAAUUUACUCCACUUUAAGGUACCCUUUAAAAAUGAGUCCAUAUCUACUUGGCUCUCUUGAAGCCUGUUGUGUGAGCUCAUAAGUAAUUUCUAAACUACUUUGCCAAGUUUAAGUCUCCUGAAAUAUGAGAACGCAUUGUGGCCUCUUAAGCAAGCAUUUGCGUUAGUAUGGGAGCCUCUUCCCUGUGGUGAGAUUUACAUGCCAUUCAGCAAGGUAUAUGGGUGUGAAAGUAGCAGGUACAUGAACGAGACCAACAGCUUAGGUCUUUCUCUCCAGACAGAUUUAUUCACUACCUAACCUGUUGGUUGCAUUAUUUUUGCAGUGCCGGAUUGUGCUAUUGCUGGUGCUUGCAUCUGGGGCCAGAACAGGUCGUUUUUUUUCUUAUGAAGUGUAGGGAAAAUGGCAUUCUAAAUAUAGGCUUUGAAGAUUGCAUGAUGAAUAAUGGGUGCAGUUGCAUAUAUCUUUGAUUUAUAAUGAAGUUUUUGGAAAGCCUCCACUCUCACUUGAAGAUAAACGGCGAGAGCGACAGUUCUUGUUGUUUUUUCAUCACCAUUGCAGAGGCCCCUGUGCAUAUUAUUUUAAUGCAGAAAUUGGAUUAACAUAAAUAAGAGUCAGGUUACACCAGCAUUCACCAACUUGUUCAGGCCAGUGGGCACGUUCGGAAUUUUGAGAAAGUUUCAGAGGCACCAGUAACAAAAUGACUGCCGCCAAGGUGGGACAUAACACAAAUUGGGUGCUGGGGAGCAUAUAGGACAGGCUGAACCUGUGCAAACAGGAACUGUACAGGAAGAGCAAAUAAUAUCUCAUGCAUUAUGAUUUUUAAUGGUGGUAUUUACAGUGGUACCUCAGGUUACAUACGCUUGAAGUUACAUACGCUUCAGGUUACAGACUCCGCUAACCCAGAAAUAGUACCUCGGGUUAAGAACUUUGCUUCAGGAUGAGAACAGAAAUCGUACUCCGGUGGCAUGGCGGCAGCUGGAGGCCCCAUUAGCUAAAGCGGUGUUUCAGGUUAAGAACAGUUUCAGGUUAAGAACGGACCUCCGGAACGAAUUCAGUACUUAACCUGAGGCACCACUGUACUGAAAUUGUUUGCAGGCAUCAUAGGCAGUACCGUGCUGGUAUACCCUACUCUUCAUCUCAGCAGCUUUGCCUUUGAGAUGACUGAAGUCUCCCCCAUCUACAGGCCAAGAAAAUUUAAGAUCACACAUGGGAACAGAGGAGCUACUGGUUGAUUUUCUCUGUUUAUCCCUGCAUGGUUCUCAUUUUCUCUGAGAAUUGUGAGAGUGAAGAGCAGGGAAAACUGCUGCAGGAAGAGAGAUGCAAAGAUAAACAGGAGUGGCUUCUUAUAGUGAGCUUUUCCUUCAUGGAAAGUAAAGCACGAAAGUCACACACACGUAAUGCUAAGCUAUAGUUUAGUAAUACUAGAAGAAACUGCAGUGAGCUUUGCUCUUGCACUCCUGCCGCCUUUCUUCAGCAGCAUGGCUUAAAAAGCUCUUUCUUCCAUUUUAGAUUGCUGUCAUCUGGACCCAGAGUGUGGCUAAUCUUAGCUAGGGUUAAUGGAAACAAGCUAACUUCAAACCAUACUGUAUGAGCUAUCCUGAUUUAACUAACCGUAGUUAAGACAAACCAUGGUUUGUGAUUUGAAUGACAUGCUCAACUGCUGUUAACCAAAAGUGAUUUUGGAAGCACUAAUGUUUAUGUAAUCAUAGUGGUUUCACAUUUGUUUCACUCCACAUACAAUCACUAGGAAGUUGAGGCCCAUUGUAAUCAUGCCAAGUAUUCUAAUGAUUAAAAGGGAAGAGCUAUUCUAGUGCAUAUAGAAUAUAGAAGCAGAAUAAUAUUCCUAUCUGAACUAGCUAGUUAAAAAUGCUAGUCUUUUAGAUUCUGGGGUUGUUUUUCAGGUGUAUGUGUGUAAAUUUAAACCAACAAUUAAGUAACAAUGAAGCAAGUACCAAUGGCUGAGGAUAAACGGUGGUUUAUGAUUGGCCAUCAGACCAUAAUUUGAAACUAUGGUCUGGAGUGGGUUAGCAAAUCAUGAAUUGUGCUAACCGUGGUUUACAUGUGAUAUCUGAAUUUACCAACCUGUAGUUAGCACUGUUGCUCUGCCUAUGGUGACCUGUGCAUCUUAAGUUUUGAACAAAUGGAAAACCAAAGCAGAGAACCUGUUCUAAAACAUAGUUUGCCAAUGUGGUCAGCAGCUCAGCAUUUUUUCAGUUCCAAAUUGUGGUUAGUGCAAACCAUGGUGUGAUGUCUGAUACAUCUCAUGAUGUAUCCUGCCAUUGUUGAUCUGUAGGCACAAACAGAUCUGGGUUUGGUUGUGUUAGGUCAUUCAUUCUAUGCAGAAUAAAUCUCUCUCUGUAGCUGCCAGCUCUUAUUUGCCUAAGCUAACAAAAGUUGCUUUCUUCCAUUGCUGGUAUGAUUACCAGUUGCCUACAGAGAUAGAAGCAAGCUGUCCAUGUGUUUUAGCAGCUGCCUGAAACAAUCAGUACCUUAUCCUCAAUUCCGAUUAUAAAUUGAGGAUUGUUGCAAUCUUGCCUCUGUCAUGAACUCAGAGUGGCACCACAUUUUAUGUAAGAAAACAUUAUUGGUGUGGGUAGGCUAAGUCUUGUUUGGAGUAAGUGGGUGCAGUAGGAACAGCAUAUACAUACCUUUUUAAACAAGUUGUGUACACAUGCCGAAGCCCCACCCCCAUCAUUCAUCCCAGGGAUAUACUGUAUUUUUUGCUCUAUAAAACUCCCUUUUUCCCUCCUAAAAAGUAAGGGGAAAUGUGUGUGCGUCUUAUGGAGCGAAUGCAGGCUGCGCAGCUAUCCCAGAAGCCAGAACAGUAAGAGGGAUCCCUGCUUUCACUGCGCAGCGAUCCCUCUUGCUGUUCUGGCUUCUGGGAUUCAGAAUAUAUUUUUUCUUGUUAAUCCUCCUCCAAAAACUGGGUGCGUCUUAUGGUCUGGUGCGUCUUAUAGAGCGAAAAAUACGGUAUUUAAAGAAGCAAACAUAUUGAUUCUACUUCAAACAGAAAACAUGAUGGUUGCAGUUACAGUUGAAGUAUGGAGCUGCCCUCUUAGUGGGCGCUGUUAGAUAUGCCACCACCUGAUUAUCUUACAAGAUCUUCAUGGUUUGCAAGUUAGUUGUAAGCUGCAAUAAUGUUUAUGAACCACUUCAGACAUAAUAAAUCAGCUGUAUAGCUGUUGCUUGGUAAUGUGUUUGUGGGAUGCUCUCCCCAGGGAGGCUUGCCUGGAGCCUUGAUUACAUAUCUUCAGGCGCCAAGCAAAAGUCCUUUUGUAUAGCCUUUUAAACUGGAGGAGUAUUGUUUGGUUUUUAUUGUGUUAUGUAUUUUUGUGUUUUUAUACUGUAAACCGCCUUGUGGUCCUCAGAUGAAGAGCAGUAUAUACAUGUAAUAAAUAAAUGUGUAGAAGAGCUAAAUUAUAGUUCGCCACCUGUGUACAUAUUACUUCCAAAAAGUACAGAAUUUGCAUCAUUUAUAUUGUAGGAAAUGGUUGAGUUCCUUAUUUAGCCUUAAGUGCUGAGCUCCUGCAUUGCUUGCAUGUACAAAAAAGAGGGGCAAAAACACCCCUGUAAUCCUUAAAAUUGUUUUUUUUUUAAUGCAGCAGUGAAAAAACCUAAAACUGAGAAUGAGGUAAAGUAGAUAGUGCCCUGAGCCUCUUAGAAGCCCAUGUUUUAUGUUUUUCUUUUUUAGGCUUCAUUAGGUAUUUUUGGAAUGGUGUCUGUUUGAGUACAUGCGCAGCGUUGUUUAACCACUACUUUCCCCCUCUUCUAGCAAACCAACCUUCCUCAGAACUGCUGCCCAUUGCUUGUAUUUGUGAAUCCAAAGAGUGGAGGACUUAAAGGCCGGGCUUUGCUCUACAGUUUUAGAAAACUGUUAAAUCCUCAUCAAGUCUUUGAACUAACGAAUGGAGGACCACUGCCUGGGUAAUUAUUAGGUUUUGCCCAAUUCAGAUAUCUCUAUUAAUGUAUUAUUAUUAUUAUUAUUAUUAUUAUUAUUAUUAUGUGUUGGGCUCCUUGCUUUCAUUCUUCCACUUCCUAGUCUCGAAAGAAAAUUAUACUGUUCAGCUGCUGAAACUAAGCUGCUUGAUCCUCAACAAUGCUUAGGUGAGGAGACUAUCUGAGAGCCACAUGUAAGGUGCUUGGAGAAAGAAUUGGGUGUAUAUACAAUGAAUGAAACCAGUAACCUUUUCCUCCCAAUCAAACUGCUGUACCCAUUUCCCACCUCACCGUUUCCCCUCCUUGAAGCCCCUUCCAUGAUAUGGCAUUGUGUGUGAUAGAGCUGGUUUAAGAAUUUGUGCUUUGGGUGCAAUUCAACAUUGCUCUAUUACAAUCGUGCCAUCAGCACAAGUAUUUCUCCUUGCCGGGUAGAAAUGUCUGCUCCCUCCUCCCCCCAUGCAGGGAUGUGGAGGUUCUCCCAACCUCCCAGAACUGAUUUGGGGUGGGGCAUGCACAGUGGGAGGAGAGUAGGGCUGGGCGAUACCUGGUUUUCAACAUUGAUAUAGCAUCAGCUAAACACCGUGAGAUACUGAUACAGCACGAUGUCUGAAAUAAGGAUGGAGCUAUGUAGAGGCAUUGGCUGGCUUCAUGGUUUCCGCCCACAUAGUGAUUUUUGAUAGUUCAGACACACACACAUCAUGAUUUGUGAUGUAUUGCCAGGUCAAAAAUUGUGAAACUGAUAACACAAUAUGGACUUCAUACCGAUUUUGGAUAAUGUAUCGCCCAGCUCUAGAAGAGAGGGAGAGAAAGUCUAAUUUAGCUCCUGCUAGUGCAACUGUUCAGCUGAAUCCAACCCAUAGUUCAUUUUUACUUAAAACUGUUUUCUCACAAUGUCGUCAUAAAGGCAUACUUGCUUUCAACAUUGGCCAGCAAACAAACACAAGGGUUGGGUUUUGAAAAACUGUUUACGGUUCUUCCAAGGUCUUAGCAGCUGUCUACUGGGAUUUGUUAGGGGUUUCAUUUUUUCUUUGAACAUAGCUGCUAUGCUACGUCAUAUAUAAUUUCUGAAACCCCAUGCUUUAGUAGUGGUGUAGAGCUCCUGUUUGCAGAUUGCCAAUCCAAAGCCUCAUGGAUGUGCAGGACGUCUUGUCCAGGUCUUUGGACCCCAGCCAUCAGUUCCAAAAACUUUGCAUUGUGGAAACUGCGCACAGCUGCAGUGUGAGUGGUAGUACAGCUGAGGAUGAUCACUGUCAAUGCCAAAAGACUCAGUGGCAUUAUGUAUAACCCUCGUGUCAAAUAAUAAACCUUUUCACCAUUUCCAACAGCUUUUACUGUCAGCUAACAGAACUGUAGGGGUGGGCUUAAUAAAUAGCAUUUCUAUUUUUACAUCUGGCAUUUGGCAGCAGUUAAACAAAUGCAACAGAAGCUCAUUUGUUUGUACAGUGAUGUCCCAAGUGUGAACCGAGAGUGAAAACUGCAAAGUCUAAUGAUCUUUCUUGUCUUUUAUUGAAAAUUAGAGUGAACUGUUAUUAUCUGACUUAAAGAGUCAAUCUAUUUGCCUUUUGCUGUUUGCUACAUCUUUCAGUCUUAAGGUAGCAGUGGCCACUUUUAUUAUUUCUAUGGGAUUGUUUAUAUGAAAGCCUCCUUGGGGGGGCUAACCUUCCAAGUGUUGAAAUAAAUAAGUGUGUAUAAUGCUUUUUUUAUCUAAAAAAAAUCAGUUAAAAUUGCUACCAGUGGUUCUUUGUUGUACUAGUAGUUGGAGUCUUUUUCACUCUCUCUUUUUAGCAUUAGUCUAGCUAGGCAUAUUUCAUAUACAUUUGGAAACCACUUGGUAAGUCCCAUAAUACUCUGGAUAUAAACAUGUGGUCCUGCAUUCAAAGAACUGCACAACUUGUUGGAAGGGAACUUUGGAUCACAUGAAACACAUAUUUUUGAGACUUAGGCUACAACCCUAUAUCCACUAAAUAAUUAGAGAGCUGAAUGUGUGUUUGAAUUUAACAGCAUUCCUUCAAAUAUGUUGUGCUCACUUGUGUUUUGCUUUUUAUAUUGAAGGUUUCACACAUUCUCUCAAAUUCCAUGUUUCCGAAUACUGGUAUGUGGUGGUGAUGGCACUGUUGGUUGGGUUCUUGGCGCCUUGGAAGAGAUCAGACACAAGCUUGCCUGUUCAGAGCCGUCUGUGGCUAUUUUACCUUUGGGAACAGGUGAGUUUGAAACUGGAUUUCAGGAACAACAAUGCGAAAUUGUUAUUUGCACUCAUGACUUCACAGAUUCCCUCCUCCCCUGAAAAUACUCUGGUUUGAUGUUCUGGCGAGCAGAAUAUUUGUUAAUGAUGAGGUCAAGUGCAACAAAAAGUUUAAAGCAUUGUAAAUUUGCAAAUUACAUUAAAAGAAAAAUGUGGCACAGAAGUAGGUAGCAGCCAUGAUCUGUUUUGGAGUGAGGGCUUUUGCUUUCAUAUAGGUUGUUAACAAAAACUUGUCCUUUUUAAAAACAGGUAAUGACUUGGGGAGGGUGCUCCGCUGGGGUGCUGGAUAUAGUGGCGAAGAUCCAUACUCCAUUCUGAUAUCUGUAGAUGAAGCUGAUGAUGUGCUUAUGGAUCGCUGGACCAUCCUUUUAGAUGCUCAAGAGGCUAUUGAAAGCGCAGAAAAUGGCGUGUUAGAGCCUGAGCCUCCUAAGGUAUUUUUCUCAUGUUUAUUUUCUUACGACCCCGCCCCUGUUACGCCCCCUUUUCUGGCUGCUUCUGGGUUGCCAUGGUGUGUGUGUGUGUGUUGUUGGGUGUCAGUGGAUGUGCGUGAAUCGGCCGUUGCCUCUAGUUGAAGGGGUUGUGAUGUGAAUGUUCCGUUCUGCUUGUUGGAAAUUAAAAAUUCUGGACUAGGUUGUAAAAUCUUACGUUUCCUAUUUUAUUAGAUUGUGCAAAUGAACAAUUACUGUGGCCUUGGAAUUGAUGCAGAGCUGAGCCUAGGUUUUCAUCAUGCCAGGGAAGAGGAGCCAGACAAAUUCAACAGCAGGUAUGUGGGCCCUGUUCUUGUGCAGAUGGAUAAAACUUUCUCAUUCAUAUUCACAGAGAAAAACAUGGAUGCUUAUGUCUUUGACACUGCCUAAGAUUAUUUUGUUCUUUCUGUAACAUUUUUGGCCUCUAUAUAUAAUCCCUAUAUAUAGAUAUAUAUAUUUACUUUUAAAUAUAUAUAUUUACUUUCCCCUGGGGUAUCAGGUACAUCAAUAAAUGGACAUUAGCUUGGAAUUGUCCCAUUGUGUAGGCAAAGCCUUAUUUGCACUUGCAUCAAUAUGAAACAGGUGGGUGUGGGAGCACUUUUUUGUGGCUUCCUGCCACACCCUCUCUGUGAAUUGGAACCAUGUAGGCAGGAUCUGUAAUGUGGUUUUCCCUAUCUGAUUUAAACCACUAGCAAGAUCUGUUUACAUGACUGUUCUGAAGAGCUUCUUUCUUUCACAACUGCAAACCAUAAUUAAUCGGCCUCAGCUUAACCCAUCACUGCAAAAUCUGUGUGUUUUAAGAUGAAUUAGAAUGUUGUGGACUUGCCUGGAAGUUCGGAGCACAGUUUAGGGUGUUCUGACUAUUCAGUAUUCCUUAAUGAUCAGAAGCCAAGCUGCCAGUUACAUCCUUUGUUAGGGAAUUUAUGGGUAUAUGGCCUUGAAAGGCUAGGAAUCUCCUUAGGAAGCAUUCCUCUCAUCAUCCCCACUAAGGAUAAAUAAUGGGAAACUAGGUUUGGGUGUGUACAGGAACAAAGAAACUAGUUUGAGUGAGUUUUAGAGGGGGGCAAGGGAGAGAUGGAUGAACUGGGAGCUGAAGAAAGGUAGGCACUAUUUGGGGUUCUGGAGAUCUGACGGGGCAGUGGAAUUGUUGUUUGUAAGAGUGAUACAAGGUGUACCUCCACCUAUGCUUAAAUUGUAGAUUUGUAAGUAAGCACAAAUAUUACAGUGGUGCCUCGCAAGACGAAAAUAAUCCGUUCCGCGAGUCUCUUCGUCUAGCGGUUUUUUCGUCUUGCGAAGCAACCCUAUUAGCGGAUUAGCGCUAUUAGCGGUUUAGCGGCUAUUAAAGGCUUAUCGGCUUAGAAAAAGGGGGGGGGAGCGAAAAAAAUUGCAAGACUCGCAAGACAUUUUCGUCUUGCGAAGCAAGCCCAUAGGGAAAUUCGUCUUGCGAAGCGCAUCGAAAAACGGAAAACGCUUUCGUCUAGCGGGUUUUUCGUCUUGCGAGGCAUUCGUCUUGCGGGGCACCACUGUACAUAAACACCACUUUCAACAUAGCUCCCUAGUAAAUAUUCAUAGGAUCAAACUGUUUUUUUCACUCUGAAUUCAAUUUCCUGAUAUUUCCAUUUAAGGGUGUAUUUAGCCAGGUUAUGCUAUGAAAUAGCAGGCUACCAGGGAAGAUCAGUGGUUUGUUUUGAAUUGUCCCAUUCUUGGGAGCUGUAGUAUGUAGUUGUACAUGUUGUUCAGCCUUUUUGUGUAUGUGUUUUAGCUUGUGUUUUAGCUAUAUUCUGCACCUGAGUAUUUUCUUACCUUAAAAAGAAAAAAAUGAGUCUCCCUGAAUACAUUUUCAUCUUCAAUUUUUUAUCAGCAAGGAAAGCAAAACCAGUGAUGCAGUAUGAAGCGUUCUGUUUGUGUUGAAUGAAGACUUUCUUUUUCUAGGUUUCACAACAAAGGUGUCUAUGUAAAAGUUGGAUUGCAGAAAAUGAGCCACACAAGAAAUCUUCAUAAAGAAAUAAAGCUUCAAGUGGACCAGCAUGAAGUUGAGCUUCCAAAUAUUGAAGGCCUUAUUUUCAUUAAUAUUCCCAGGUAGAAACCACACAUAUGUCUGUGCAUGCGGUUUUGUCAGAGUUCUUGUCUUUUGGAGGAAAAGAAUCCUGCUGUUAUGGUUGCACCCUGUUCUGUAUUUUAAUAGCCAAAAUCUCUUCAAUAGGAUUUUUCCAUUUAGCUUCAGCUUCACUGGCACUGAAAGUAUAUCACAGUUGGUCAGGUGUCAGCAAGAACCGUUUGCAGAGUUGAAAUACAUUGAUUUGAGGAGAGGCAACUAUUUUGAUAAAGUGUGGCCCAUUUCAGAAAUGUGUAAAGACACACGUUAACACAGAGAGUCUGCGCUGCUUUGUUCAUUCUCUCUUCUGCCUUUGUCCAUUCAGCUUGCGUUGGUUUGAAGAGCUGCCUUAUAUUGAGUCAUACCAUUGAUCCUCCUAGCUCAGUAAUCAUUUGUUCCAGUUGGCAACAGCUUUUCAUUGUUUUCCCAAUUCUUUCCCUCCCCCCUUCAAACUAGAGAUGCCAGCAGCCUCCUAAGUGCAAAACAUGGGCUACAUCACUAUGUUCUUAAUCCUUUAAAUAUAGAGUUACAGCACAAAUGAAUUGAACAAAACCAGUUCUACUAACGUUCUUGAUGAAAUAGACCCAGACAAACCUUAGAUAAAUCAGCAUCUGUUCAAAGAGUGGUCAGAUGCAAAUGCAUAAUAAGUUUUUAAGGAGAAUUGGAAGAAGGUUUUGAUGAGGAUUUUUUUAAAAAAAAAUCUAUACAUUUUCUUUAUAUAAGAAAUGUUUGUUUUCUUUCUAACGUUUCUCAGUAAAUUAAAAGAUAAUGUAUUAUGGGCCUGGUGUUCUGACUCAACCUAAACUGCAGGACUAGUUUCUUACACAGUCACAUUCCCCUCCAAAUAUACUGUAUAAUGAUAGCACAUCUCUUAAGGUCCCUAUAUCAUGUCUAGAUAGUAUAUGGUUCUAACCGGAAAAUCUCCAUUCUAGCUAAGAGGCUUGAUAGACUAGCUGAUACAUUGCUUGCUGGUGGCGUUAGGGUUCAUCAGGAUAUCCGUCCUCUUCUUAUUUAUAUAUCUUCAUGCCAGAGCCUUUAAAGUGUUCCUAGAUUAGCAUAAAGUGUUUGUAGUUGGUGUAAGGUUAAAGGCUCACCUCCACUUCGUUUAGUAACUUGUGCUGUCUUCUGAAGUAUCCUAAAGUGCCCUCUGCUGGCCAUUAAGUCAAAAGCACAGAGUCUUCCCGAAGGUUGGUGACUUUCCUGAUAAUCAGAGUGCGUUGUAGAUCUCUGGUCCCGAUGGCAAUAUGAAACACUCUCUGGACAAAUCAUUACUCCUAGACAGAAGGGCUAUGUUCACAGCUGCUUAUGGUUACUUUAACUCCGUGCUUAACACAUAGUUUGAGCACAACUCCAGCUUUAUCUGCCACUACCAAAAGUAAAAUACAUAUUUGCAUUUUACACAGCCGAAUGAGUACUAUGCGUGUCACAUCUUUUGCCUCCUUGUGGUCAAAUUGCAACCAUUCUGUUUCAGUGUGGUAUGGAUUUUAACAUCACAGAACUAAAAAGCAUCGCGUAAGUGUUUUAUGUUGAUGUUGACAAGCAAUGAGAAGCCUGCCUUGGAGGUGGGUUGAGGGCACAAGUAUGGCUUCUGAAGGAAAAAUAAGUUUAGUGCAUAUAUUAAUGAUUAACUGAAUGAGAAUGGACUCUUUUUGCUCCCCCGCCUUAGAGGUUCAAAGUGGUACCUUCCAGAUGUUAUUGAACUGCAGCGCCCAUCAUCCCAGACCAUUGGUCCUUCUAGCUGGGGUGGAUGGAGAAACAUCUGGAUGGCACCAUGUUGUUGAAGGAGUUUCCCAUCCCCAGCUCCAUUCACUUCAGUGGGUGCAUCUCCUUUCCUGCACCCUCUCUCCAGCUUUUUAAUGCUAUGGGUCAGGGCAGCUCACAGGGUCACUUAAGAAGUGUCAACAAAAGAAGCACAAGUGACUCUUUGCACUUCUGGACAGUAGAGGACAUGGGCCUCACACUUCUGCUGUCAUUGCUUCUGUAAGAAAGCAUGAACUAUAAGCAUGAAGGUUGCUGGUCUGGGAACAUAUUCAUGUAAUUAUUUUAUGUUAUGUUAUAAAAUAAUUCUCCAUAGGAGGAUAUUAUGCUGCACUGAUUAAAGAACAAGGUACUUGCUUUUGAAAAAAAUGUUACUUACAGUUCUUUUGUAUUCUGUCCAGCUGGGGUUCUGGUGCCGAUCUUUGGGGGUCUGAUAACGAUAAUCGGUUUGAAAAACCAAGAAUUGACGAUGGCUUACUAGAAGUGGUUGGUGUCACUGGAGUUGUUCACAUGGUAAGUCUAGUGUUAAAUGCCAUUGCAUUCGGCUAAAUCAAACAGAACCAUUAGCGCCUUAUGUCUAAAAUUAUCUUCCUUUGACUCAUAAAGGCAAUGUGAUGCCAAUCGUAACAAUAUUUUCACCCCAUUUGACUUGACAUGGGAUGCCUUAAGUCAUAAAUGAAAUUUAAAUUGAUAUAUAAAUGAGAGUUGUAAAAAUAAACUGUAUUGGUGAUCAAAGUACAGUGCAACCUUGGUUCUCAAACUUAAUCCAUUCCGGAAGUCCGUUCGACUCCUGAAAUGUUUGAAAACCAAGGCAUGGCUUCUGAUUGGCACAGGCGCCCUGGAAACAAUAGCCAACAGCUGCAUCAGAUGUUUGGCUUCCAGAAAACAUUCAAAACCUGGAACACUUACUUCCGGGUUUUCGGCAUUCGGGAGCCAAUUUGUUCAUCAACUAAGCCAUUUGAGGACCAAGGUUCCACUGUAUUCUCUUACCAUUCCCCCCCCCCCCCCAAUAAAUACAUUCUCUGGUCACAAUUCUGGGAAUGUUUCAUGUGAAGAAAAACUUAGGAAAGAUUUCCAGAAUUGUAAAUAUCUAGUACACUCGUGCUAUAAGUUUGAUCAGUACUUUAUCUUGUAAAACAAGUUUGUGGUUUCUCUUUACAUUGAUAUUUGAUUUUGAAAGGACCGUUCUGAUUGUUCUUCAUAGGGUCAAGUCCAGGGGGGUCUACGUUCGGGCAUCCGAAUAGCCCAGGGCUCCUACUUCCGCUUGACGCUUCUGAAGCCAAUCCCAGUACAAGUUGAUGGAGAGCCCUGGAUCCAGCCACCAGGCCAGAUCAUUAUUUCUACAGCAGGACCAAAGGUAUUGAUAAACAUUUUAUGUUGGGAAUGUUAUAGAGAUAAGGCAUUAAAAUGCAUACACCCUAUACAUACAGACCAGGGCAGCCCAACUUUUCAUACCAAGUGGGCUGCACACUGCCUUGCCAAGUGGAGAGUGAGGGAGGCUAAUAUUUGUGUCCGUCCCCCCCAACCUUUGCACUGCCUUCCCAAAGCUGGCUAAGCAAGGUGCCGGGCUUUAAGGAGGAGGCGCAAGAUUUUAGCAGGGUCCUAUAGCCCUCCUGGGACAUGGGUAACGCUGUGGGUUAAACCACAGAGUCUAGGACUUGCUGAUCACAAGGUCGGCGGUCCGAAUCCCCGCGACAGGGUGAGCUCCCGCUGCUCGGUCCCUGCUCCUGCCAAUCUAGCAGUUCGAAAGCACAUCAAAGUGCAAGUAGAUAAAUAGGUACCGCUCCAGCGGGAAGGUAAACGGCCUUUCCGUGUGCUGCUCUGGUUCGCCAGAAGCAGCUUAGUCAUGCUGGCCACAUGACCCGGAAGCUGUACUCCGGCUCCCUCGGCCGAUAAAGUGAGAUGAGCGCCGCAACCCCAGAGUCGGCCACACCUGGACCUAAAGGUCAGGGGUCCCUUUACCUUACAGUCCUCCCACCUCCUUCCCAAAGCUGGGAAAAUUCUAACUAGGCUUUGGGAAGGAGACACGGACUCUAGGACCCUGUCACAACCCUCACACUUCCUUUCUAAAGCCUAGUGCCUCACUUAGUUGGCUUUUGGAAGGUGGCACGAGGGCUGGGUGUGUUUGUGUCAAAUGUUUCUGUACUUGGGUCAUGCAUUGGACCACCCUACUAUGGACCAUAAAUAUUCAGAACAAUCUUUCAGAUCAUUCCAGCUCAGACAUAAUCCAUGUUGGCUUGUUAAGCUGCAUGAGCUUUGUGCCUGCAGCCCCAUUCUCCCUCCCUACCUUCUUGGCAUGCUGUGACGGAAGUCUUCCUGGCUUAAUUUACCAUAGUUUCCUAUUACAUCUGAACCAGAAUCAGAACAAACCAGGAUCCAAAACUAAUUUCAGGCAUGGUUUUAAAUUGUGGUUUCUUCCAAUUCUGGCCAUUACAAUUUUCCAUUAAGUUAAUUUACCCAGGAAGUUUUUAUUGUUAGCCUGCCAGAAAGGGCUGACUGGUGCAAGCAUAAUGCUCUUGCACAUUUCAGCUUGUAGAAUUGAUGUUGCAUCCAAAAUGGGCAAUGUCUAAGGUAGGGUUGGCUAACCCACAGCCCAGAUCCAGUUCACCAAGGUGCACUGCGUUAUCUCUUGAGAAAGAUGGAUGGAUUAAAAAUAAGUAACAUCUGUGCUAUGGGGGUGUUUUCUUAGCAUGUACGCUCUGAAAUGUUGAAAGAGUCCAUGUCAAUUAAACGCCCACCUUUAAAUCUCAACUCUAGUCUACUCUAGCAGCCUUUUGUUAUGUAUUUUACCAAUACCUGUAGAUGGGAAAGAAGAAAAUGGGGUGUAAAGCUGCUCGUUGACAUUAAGAAAAAAUUCUUUCGAAUAAGGAUGUAUUUCAAGAAAGGUUGUGUUGUGGUGAUUGUUUUUAACAUAUUUCUUUCAGGUUCAUAUGUUAAAGAAAUCGAAACAGAAACAGAAAAAAUCAGGAAAUUUAAAGGACUCAAGAUCUGAGAGCAUGAUGGUCAAUGAAGUGGGACGCUGAUGGAAAAUGAUAUCCACAGAACAAAUGCAGCGCACCUACUAUAGAUGAGAUGGAUCUGCCUGUUGUAAAACUGUAUUUGUACAGUUCCAAGUUAAGAAUUGGUUGCACAAGAGCCUGUUGUAAUUAUAUUUCCAUGUUUGUUGUACAGUGCCUAUCCUGUAGCCGACAUGAGAUUUAGUUUAUGCAUCUCAUGUUGGUCGGAGAAGUUCGCAUUAGGUAGCCUUUCCAUAAACCAUUAACCAGUUUUUGCUUCAUGCCCGUAGCCAAUAGAGCAGAGAUCCCAUUAUGCCGUGCUCUUUAUAUACUACGUUUUCCUCACCUUAUUCUCCCUGGGAGUCACUUAUUUUUAUAAAAUAAGUUUUUAACCCUUAAAAAAACACCUCAAACCUACUUAAAGAGUUUUAAAGCUACCCCGGCAUUCCCCAAGAGGGAAACAUGGUGAAGGGAUAAAAUUGUCACUUUUGUGAUGUUGCUGAUUACUUGUGCAAUAAUGCUUUAAGUAGGAUUGGGAGCAAAUGGAUAUCAUUCCAGCGGCACAAUCCCAUUUUCUGCUGCACUAGGUGUGCUGCCACCAUGCCAAGGUUCACUACAACGUUCCUGGUAGAUUCCAGUUAAAGGAGGCUCUUCCAAACUGCAUAUAAAAGAGAUCCAGCAGCUCCUUCCCAAGUCUGCAAAGCACAAAUUACUCAACACUCCCUUGAUUGGAAAGAUGCACUCAGCAGAGAGCUGGCAGGCUUGGCUGAAUGCAAUGGGGAUCACUUCCCGCAUGCAUAGCUCUGUAUGGAUUGUGCCUCGGAUAUUUAGCUACUUUUUUUAUUUGCCUGCAUGAACACUUCCACACUACUCAAUGGCUGUACAUGUAAUGGUAAACAACGUCUUAUCAUCCAGACCAGGGAUUGUGGUUCUCAGUUUCAAACCUAGCCAGCUGCAAACCAUGAUUCUGCUUGUUAUAUGAACCAGUUUUGUUUUAAGCCACGAUCCCUUGUCCAGAAAGGCAAGACUGGCUGACAUUCAGGAAAAGGAAAACUAAACUCUGGUGAAGUUCUUCUUCUGGUGUUUUGGGAGAAGAGGAAGCACAAUAACUCUUGUGGCUCCUUCCUACAUGUAUGCAUAGUGGUAAACGAUGGCUUAAUGUGUGAACAUAGCCAGUGAACCCUAAAAACCUAAUAUAAUUUUAUCUAUUUUUAUACUGCACAAUCUUUUUCUAUACACUACAAGCUUCUGGUUUUCUCCAUUUCUCUCUCUCUCUCUCUCUCUCUCUCUCUCUGUGUGUGUGUGUGUAUGUUUCUUUUUUAUAGUUCAGGUCCCUAUAUUGAGAUUUUUCUUACUUCAUUCCCUAAAUUCUAAUUUCAUUCCCUAAAUUAUUAUUCUAAUUUCGUUCCCUAAAUUAUUUUAACAUACAAAGAGACUAUGAAUGGCAAACCAAUAAUCAGUAAAUAUGGCACAAUUUAGUAAACAAAUCAGCAUUCAUUUAUGUUAAGUAUUGAUACACUAAGUUGAAAUAUGCCUUAGUUUCUUCUCUAUUGAUGAACUGGUCUACAUGUAUGUUUGUCUUUAAAGUGUGUCUUAUGUGACUAGAUCUAGAUGCGGCUGUACUGAUUGUGCAGAUAGAAAUGCUACAUAGAAAGGUCCUUGCUUAUAACUCGGGAAUCAUUCCCUGCUCUAUAAAUACAUUGACCAUACAAGGAAAAGUUAAUGCAGACUCUGUUCAGACAAAAGGCUAAGCCAUGGUUUGUGGUUACGUGAACAAGCUGCAUCAAGUCCCAGACUUGCACUCUCCCCCACUUCCUUCUCCAGUAUUAUCAUGAGGAGAUUAGAAGCUUCUACUUCAGCUUUGAUUAAUUGUAACUUGUUGUUAUAUCUGAACCUGGACAAACUAUGGUUUAUGAGUUAUGAAGCUGGCAUGUUUCAGUAAACCGUAGUUGAAAUUGACCACCAUUUAGAGCUUAGGCAUGAUGUGAAACUAGUUAAUCCAAAAUGGAAGUAAAGGCUUCCGAUCGUCUCACAACUAUGCUACACUUCAUUCCUGUAAUGAUAAAACCAUCAUUUAUCAUUUCAGGGAUCAGCCACUGCAUGGAUACGAGGAGAUAAAUCAUAGUUUUUCAUUGUGUCCAAAUGAAGAUAGUAUCUUUCUGUGGAUGCUAAUCGCAGAAGGAAGAUUAAGCAAGAUAGCUGGUGACUGUAGCAUUGUUUCUGAUAAUACCAAUACAAGCUGUAUUUAAUUAUGGAGAGAAUAUCAUUACUCCUGAAUGCAGAAGCAGUAGCAAUACCCUCAAACAGGGUCAAAAUCCUAUAGAUGCAACAUUGCGUCUUUCAGAUGCUUUUGCAACAAAUAAGCUUAGGCUGCCUUUGUCCAUCUGGAAGCAGCCUGAGAGGGCUGUGGUAGCCGCAGUACUGCACUCGUCAUCUAUUCUAAUACCCCAUUUCGUAUGUAGUUAAUGAGAACAUAUCAAGCUUUUGUGCACAACUAUGGCUUUUUUGAAAACGGUGGCAUGCACAGCAUCAGGAAAGCAGUGAAGGUGAGCAACUCCUUUCCCACUCCACCAGGCAUUCAUGCCUGGGACACUUUGCAACCUAAAGGAACUGCAAGUUGCUCUGGUUUGCAGCAGGUAUUCCUAUGAGCAGCUGUCUCAUUGCAUGCGUAAUUGCUGCAGAACAACUCUUCCUACACAACAGGAAUGUCUGCUGGAGCACUGUCAUUUUGACGCGGCAGUCACCGCUGCAAGAGUCUCCUGGGAGAAGGGUGGCGUCGGGACUGGACCCACCCAGUGAGACUCCGCGCAUUGCCAGUGCUUUAUCUGCACAAAGCUUCCAGUGUUGCUUGUGGGUCCAUUUCUGAUUUGCACUAUGUUUACACAAAGGCUCUCUUCAUGCACUGUGCGCCGCACAGCAAAAACAAAACAAAACACUGUGGCUUCUUUGUUACAUGUAUUUGUCUUCCAGAUUGUUAGAGCACGUUGCAGUUUAAACGUACUUCCACACCAACCAGAGUUUAGCUGGGGAAUGCUGCAUAUUUUGUAGACCUUCUUGUAACAUUGGCAGGUGCUUUCUUUGCAAAAACUCUGAGCUUUGAUACACAGAUGAAUGUGAAUAGACCUUUAAGACCUUUUCAUCUUGUUCGAUCCUUCUAGGUAUAAAAUAUUGUGCAGGUAGAAUAGAAGUAUUCAAGGGGGCUUUGAACUCAUUUUUCUUGAAUGGCAACUACCCCCAUGAAAUACUACUUUAAAACGAAAGGGAGUUUCAUUUCGGAUGAUGCAGUUUGUUAUAUGGCUGGGGAGGGACCAUCAAAUUUCACUGAAUAUGCUCAAAGCCUUGAGCUAUCUCACAGUACCUCUUUGGUUACCAAGCCCUGUAUUUAGUUAUUUAUAGUUUCUCCCUGAAAGCAUAAACUGCUCUUACCUUGGUUUAUCAUAUUGUUGAUUUUCACUGCUCGUUAGUGAAAUUGCACAGUGCAAUAUGCUAUUUAUGAAGAGUGUAUGUUUCCCCAAAUAAAUCCCUUAGAUUGUGAUAUAAAUGGCGGUAGCAUGCUAUGAAUUUGUUGGCAGAAAGUAGCUGCAGCAAGUGACUGGUUCUUGUCAUGCACAAAUAUUGUGCAAUUUAGUACUGGUUUGCACAGCUGCUUGGCUAGAGUAAAGUUGUGCGCUACGAGAAGUACAUCUCCAGCACAAAGUCUAAGUACAACCCAAGAGAGAUUACUUUGAAGUCAAGUGGCAGCUUGUUUUGUCUUUGGUCCAACUCAACCCUUCAUAUGUGAGCUAUGUGCCCCAGAACAAGCUAAAGCUGGCACACCAAGCAGUGCUUGUGCAUCUGGUUUUUGUGUUUGGGAACUAGAACUUGUUGUUUGCAUUACAGUUUCUCCACUUCAUGUGAACUAAGGAACAAUGUCUCAUUAGGGGUCUGGGGGAGAUGUAUUGUGAGACAGCUCAUCGAGCACAGCAAAGAGUGCUCUUCCCUGCAAAACUGCAGAAACUGCAGAAACUUGCAGUUCCUCCCUCUUCCUUGCAUUAACUAUGGCUUUGCAUAACCGUGGUUUGUGAUGGUGCACAGUAAACGCAGAGGUAAUCCUGGUUUGCAAGCACACUUCAGCUUCUAGUCUACAAGGGAACCAUGGCUGGUUUGACACAAAUGUAAGGCAACCAAAGUGAAAUCCAGGAAGACAGUGGAGGAAGGGGGGGGACAGUUUUUAGGAGAGAGCACAUGCUUCUGAUUUGUGAACCAUGGUUUGCAUGAAACUAGCAUUUAAUCUGUAUUGGAGUCAGGAGUCAGGAUUGUGGCUAAUUAACACAUUGUUUUUGUAUGUGAUGCACAGGUCCACACUCAGGUGUGCAGAAAUGUGGAGUUUCUAAAAUCGAUGUGUGUGUACCAUUAUAUACAUUAUGAAGUAAAUGCAUGGUCCAUCUUUCCAGGACAAAAACCCCCUAUCACCACUGGCGCAGCUUUUCUCACUGUACAAAGUGCUCAUCUUCAUGUCCAAGCUUAGGUCAGCAUUGACAAAAAUGUAGUGCUGUAAUCUGUCUUCAGGCGGGGAUCUUUGAAAUCAACUGCAUUAUUGAUUUCAGCCAAUACUCUUUUUUAAAAACAAAAACACAGGACCUGCAUCCAUUGUUUACAUGCUACCUUUGUUUUGCACUUGUAAUUGUAAGAGAAAUUGCAUUAUAUUUGGUAUAGCUUAAUACAAAGCCCUUUUUGUACAAGUGCAUUUUAGGAUUGAGGUCGUGUCUGAAGUACACCACAGGAAAUUCAGUUUUGUAAUCCCAGUAUAUUCAUUUAUGCCUAUUUAACUACCCCCUCCCUCCCUCCCUCCCCCACACCUCCUGUUGCCCACUCAGAGAUUCAGGAGAGGAAUAUAGCAGGCUACUAAUAAAUUAACUGAAAGUUCACUUUUAAGCUCAGAUAUAAACUGCGUGUUAAAGAUUUGUAAAGUAAAACCCUAUACAGACAUUCUGUCCGACGGACAGUGUUAGCUUUCAGCACUUGUAUUGGACCAAUGCACACACAGCUCAAUGUAGCACAUUGUGCUCUCCAAUUUUGUGGUAUACAGAUCUUGUAGCUUGGGUGUUUGCAGAUUGAGUUCUGUCUUUUUGAAAAUGUGACAUUGGGGCAGCACACUGGAUCUACUGUGCAUUGGAUCAAAUGUGUACAAAGGUCCUUUCUCUUCUUGAGCUGAGCAGAACUUAAGUCAUUCCCAAACCUCUUAUGUAAAUUUAGCCCUGUUCAGUUCCAUAGGAACAAAUUACUGUGAUGAUUCUGUCUGCCCUUUAUCUGCAGCCACACUGAGCUGAAGCACUACAUCCAAAAAACAUGUUAUGUUAAAGAUCCAUAGCCAGAUAUUCUAACAGUUGUGUAAGAUUCAGAGCAGCUAGUCUCCCCCAAAUUGGGUCUGCGUGGCGCUAGAGAAGGUAGAGUUAUAUUAUUGCUUGCAAUGUUUCCUCACUUGAAAUUUGUCCCAAAGCUGCUCUGGGUCAUGUUGGGGGAACGCCUUUCGAUGCUCCCCCAUGGGAGCUUUGGGAGGUGAUUAUGAGUGAGGAAACAAAAUAGGGAUUUAAAAACAACCAACCUCAUUGCUUAGAUCCAGUUCUCAAUCACAUGCGGCUGCAAAGCCUUUGUCUGUCUGUCUGUAUUAAGUUAGGGAGGUCUUCCAACAAAACGUGUAGCUGAAAUCCAUGUACUUCAGACUGACUAGGUUGUGAAUUGGGUUAUACUGGAACAUGUGCUGCAUUCGUUAUGGUUUUAACUUCCUAUAGUUCUGCGUUGAAUGUAAAGCGAAUCUUUGCAUUGCUUACAGUAGCAUAAUUUAAUGCAGUUAGGUUAGCAAAUUUAAUGUUUACAAGAUGGUGACUGUUGAUUGUAAGCUUCCAUAUCGAUGCACUGCUUCCACUGGAAGGCUUGUCAGUCUACUUGCUUAAUGGUAUUAAUUGCCUUUCUUGACACAACCUCUUAAGUAGAACCCUUCAAAAGCUGUGGGCGGUUUUUAGUUAAAAAAAAAAUUCUUUUGAAGACCAGGAUGAGGAAAGUUUGUGUUGACACAAAUAUUGAAUUAGAAUAUUUUUAAGAAGGUUUAUAUUUUCUGAAGAUAAUUUAUAAGGAAGGUUUUCUAUGCAAUUAUAGUAGCGUUGAUGUAAAUGAUAAUUCAGAUAUUCAUUCUGUAAACAACUAAGAGCCUGUUUUCAGGGUUCUGCCCCUCCCCAUCAGACUUAAUAAAAAGUAUGUUUAUAGGUCCCUUUAAUGCUGCAUUUUCUUGUAACAUUUCAGUACAUGCCAAACUUCAUACACAAAUAUGGCUUCCAAAGCAGGGAAUUUUAAUUUCCCAUGUACUUGCAAUUGUAUAUGACAAGCACACAUGCCUAUUUCCCUGUGUAAAACACACAUGAUUGGAUGGAAACCCUAAUCUGGGACAGUUGAGGUCCAGAGACAUACUAAAAUACAUGUGUGUCGAUCACAGUGGUUGCAUGUGCUAACUGUGUGCAUUAUUUCCUAUAUGGAAAGUGAAAUUUGGUUUGUAUAAAGCUGGUCCUUUUCAGCAGGGAAUGCUUUGUGCAGUGUUAUGAGGUGGAUUGCAUGAAUCAUUUUAUGUAAAUCAUGCUUGGUCCUUCUUGCAUAUCUACAGUUGAGAGAACUUGGAACAGCUGCUUAGCUUUAAAUUUCCAUAUAUGUCUGUAUUGAGCUGUGCUCAUUCUUCUCAGUCAGUGAUUUUCAAACUGGCCCAGCCUGGUAAAAGUUUCAGAGUUGUAUCGUACAAAUAAUGAAUGUGCCCUAGAACACCCCAUAAAAGAAUUGCACUGCACAAUUACUUGUGGCGGGCAAGCUGUCUUUCAGGGGAGCUUGUUCACCAUUGUGUAUUAUCUCACCAAAGAGAAUCUCUGAUCAGCUUGCAAGGAAUCUUAGGUUUAACCUCCACAGCACAGUUUGAAGACCACGGCUAUGAGUAUAAUGUGCAAAUUCUUUGUGUUUGGUCACCUCUUGAUGAUCCUGUUUCUUUAAUUUUUCAAUAAUUUGUUUAAACCAGAUUGUUCUGAUGUGGCCUUCUUAGAAUUUAUUCACUUUCUGCCAAUUCUGGCCAAAUCUAUACAAACAAAGGACAGAAACAAUUUUGUGCUUUUAGAGCCCGUGACUGCUCUGUUUCCAAUAAUAGCAACAGUAUAUAUAAUGUGUUAGAAAUGAGCUGAGAGAAACUUAAUUUGGCAAAUGUUAAAUGCAAAAAUUAGUAUCUGUUGUAAGUCGUUCUGCUCAUUUCUUCAUAACUAAGGGAAGAUGUCUAGAUACAUUCUUCCUCUUGUUCGAUAAAGGCUAAAUAGGAACUAUAAUCUAGUGGAACUGCAAACUUCAGGCCACAUCUACACUACAAAUACAUCAAUUUUAUUCCAGUGCGGUUGGGUAUUAGAAGUCUAAAUAUAUGCUGUGCACAUAUGUUCAGUGCUGUGGCUCAUCUUGAACUGUAAAACAUUUACUCAUUUUGGUAGUAGAUACAGUGGUUCUCAUACUCUGGAGUUACCCCCUUUUCCUCUUUGGUGAUGGGGGGGGGAGUUGCAGGGAGGUUAUUAGGCCCAGCUGUGGAAAAGCCAGACACAUUUUUGUCUUGGCAGCAGAGACUUUGCUUUGCAGCCACUCAAACUACCUUUGCUAACCCUGCAAGCUGUAGAUAAGAGAUCUUCUGGCCACUGAGCUUCCCUCCUUCCUGCUUCCUCCUAUGGAAGACCUGGAUUGGGAGAGAGAUGGAGGUGCCGUGUUGGACUUCUCUAAUGCUGGCGUUGAAUUAAUGGCUCAGUCCACAGAUCCCACAGGGUGCUGAAUACAUGUCCUGAUGUGUGAGAGGUUGUGUUUGCUCACCAGCCAAAGAGAUGGCUUUGAAAGUGCAGUAAACUUAGAAGUGGGCCUGGGUUUUAAAAAAUCAAUCUGAGAAACACUGUGUGAGAAAGUUUGAGACCCAUUUAAAUAAGCUGAGCAAAGUUUAGUAGUGAAUAGCUUUAAAAGCACCCCUGAUUAUGCCACAAUGCAAAAUUUACCACCUGCAAUAGUUUGCCUAUUGUGUAGUUCUUGCUCUUUGCAAUCUGUGUGCUUAAUAAUUCGCUCAAGAGUAAUUGUAAAAUUAUAACCGUUAGGUGAACCGUUUCCACAUUGUGUGCCUAAACAGAAGCUAGAAAUGCACAUCAUAUUUGUUUACUUGUUCUUCUGUCUUAAACAGGGUUUUUAUUGUGUACUAGUUUCUAGAGGUCUGCCUUGUAAACCCCUUCUUCUUGCCUUUGAAUGAUCAGUCCUGACACGCAAUGACUGUAAAAGAAUUAUUUAUAUGGUGUGCUCUUUCUUUUUUAUUUAAAUAUCAGUUUGUCUUCAGAGUAUAUACUAUAUUCGUAGAGAGAUUCUGUGUAUAUUUUUGCUACGUAUUUGUGUUUGGUUUCAUUUUGAUUGUAUGUAUAUUUUUGCACUGAUUUGAAAUUCUGUAUCGAUUGCUUUGUGAGUAUUGACCAUCUGAUUAGAAUUUGUCUGUGACAAAUAUAACUGCUAAUUUCUGUUGAGCCCUGAAUAAACUGGCCCUGUUGUGUUUUGUGGCAACAAGAAGGCUUGUGCACGCCUUGGGGCACUUGGAGUGUGUAAGAAACUGUUCCAGC